CGCUGCCCGGAGGAGGAUGGCCCGCCCGUCCGGGGGCGGAAGGUCAGCCCGGCCGGCCGGCUGCCUGCGCGGUGGGCAGACCUGGCGACGGCUCCUCCUGCGCGGCUCCAGGUAGGGGAUCGGGGCCGGCGCCUUCCCCGGCGGGGCCUGGGGGGUGGGGAGCUGGUCCCUCUUGCUUUCACCAAGGCGUGGGGGGUGGGGUGGGGGGUCAAGCCCUGCCCCUCCCCCACCGCGCAUUCCCGGGCUGGGCGCCCCCGAGCCCCUCCAAGCCUUGAAGGCGCGUGAAUGGGAGCCCUGCAGGAGGAGAGAGGGCCCGAUCCCCGGACGCAAAACUUUACGUUCGAGCCUUGGCCACGUGCCUGCCUGGGGACCUGAGCUGAUGGCGAGCCAAGUGCCCUCUGCACGCGCUCAGAGGCAGCGUCUCCAGGGGAAGCCCUCUACCCGCUCUUGAAAGGGGAGGAGAGCCGAUCCAUGGAGCCCCCGGUUGGGAAGGACUAGGAGGACCCCUGCUCUGAUCCAGCCCCCCCCCCCGCUCUUCUUAGAGUCUUCCUGUUCACACGCGCUGCUCUUCUGACCAAGCUAACCCUGCUGGCUCAUUUAACCCACACCACGGCCCUGCCAGGUAGGCCAGGGUCACUCAGGGAGUUUCAGGGUUGAGUGAGGAUUUGAAUCCGGGUCUCUCCCAGGUCCAUCCCUCUAACUGUGACACAGUACACAGCUAGCAGAUGGUUUUGAAGACUAGCAGAUGGUUUGCCUAGAGAAAUGGUGCCUGGUAUCUGGGUGUCCAGAUUGUGCCUCUGUCUUUCAAGGAUCCCACCCCCCUGGGCCACACAUGUGCCUGGGAGGGGAUGAAGCCUUUGCAAGCCAAGCAUGGCUUCUUCAUGCAGUGCAUAGUGGAACUACGGAACUCCCUCCCACAGGAGGCAGUGACGGCCACCAACUCCGAUGGCUUUAAAAGAGGCUCAGACAAAUUCAUGGAGGAGGAGACGUGCCGGUGGCUCCUAGUGGCCAGGAUGGCUCCGCUCUGCCUCCACACUGGAAGGCAGCCAUGUUUCUGAAUCCCAGUUGCUGGCAAGCACCGGAGGGGAGGCAGCUCCUGUGACAUUUCACACCCCACCUUGCAAUCUUCGCCUCUCUUGUUCAGCCCUGUCUACACUGAGUGGCAGUGGCUGUCCAGGGUUUCAGGCAGGAACCUGGGACCUUCUGCACACAAAGCAGAUGUUCUGCCACUGAGCCACAGACCUCCCUUAUUCAUUCAGGAAUAAACUCAAAUGGGAAUUUACUUCCAAAUAAGUUUGCAUAGUAUUGUGGUGGUGUUUUUUCUGUAUGUUUUUUUUAAAAAAAUACAUAUAUUUUAAAACAACAACAAUCCUGUGUGCUUUUGAUCCAAAAGCUUUGAUAUUUCCGUUUUGCUUUCUGUUAAAAUCAUAAAAAAUUAUUUCAGAAUAUGUGGGGGGUUUUCUCCAUUUUUUAUUUUUGCCAUGAAAUAUAGAAUUAUAGAUUUGUGGAGUUGGAAGGUACCCUGAGGGUCAUUUAGUUCAGCCCCCUGCAAUGCAGAAAUAUCGACUAAAGCAUCCAUGACAGAUGGCCACCCAACCUCUGCUUAAAAACCUCCAAGGAAGGAGAGCCCCCCACCUCCUGAGGGAGUCCAUUCUAUGCCAGUUUAUAAUGAAACCCAAGAGGACAUGGUCACUUCCUCUCAAGUUUCUGAGUACUUCCACUUCAUCCAUCAGUCCCUCCUUGUUGGUGAGGACCAGGUCCAAGAUAGAUGAUCCCCUUGUUGCUUCUCCGACCUUCUGGGAAGUGAAAUUGUCAGUGAGGCAAUGGAGGAAUUUGUUGGAAUCUUGGCAGAGUAUGUGUUCCAACAGAUAUCGGGAUAGUUGCAAGUCUCCCAUGCUUACUACAUCACUCCUUUUUGAAAAAAAGCUAACGCUACUCUAGGCUGCAUUUGUACAGUAGACAAAUGAAGAGAAGUCAUCAUCCCACUCUAUUCUCCCUUGGCAGUACCGUGUUUAGUUCUGGGUACCACAAUUUAAGAAGGAUGUUGACAAGCUGGAAUGUGUGCAGAUGAGGGCAACUAAGAUGAUCAAGGGUCUGGAAACCAAGUCUUAUGAGGAAUGGUUGAAGGAGGUGGGUUUGUUUAGCCUGCGAAAGAGGAGGCUGAGAGGAGACAUGAUAGCUAUCUUCAAAUAUCUUAAGGGCUGUCAUAUGGAGAAUUGUUUUCUCCUGCUCUGGAGAAAUAGGACUCAAACCAGUGGCUUAAAAUUACAAGAAAGGAGAUUCCGAUUAAACAUUCAGAAAAACUUUCUGAUAGUAAGAGCUGUUCUGUUAUCCAUUAUUAUCUCUUGAAAGGCAUUCUGCCUGCGUCGUGGUGUUCCCUGACAGCAAUUCAUUACGUUGAUUAUUUCUUGUUUAUGGAUUCAUACAUACAUUAUAUACAUACAUGUUUAUGAUUUGUAAAUUUUGGAUUAUAUUCUAACUUCUACUAAUAAUACAUUUACCAUACUUAUUAGCCAUGUGUUGCGGCUGUAUUUGAGCAGUAAGUGAUAUUCGGCAGUGGAACAGACUCCCACAAGAGGUUGUGGACUCUUCUUCCUUGGAGGUUUUUAAACAGAGGUUAGAUGGCCAUCUGUCAUGGAUGCUUUAGCUGAGAUUCCUGCAUUGCAGGGGGUUGGACUAGAUGACCCUUGGGUCCCUUCCAACUCUAUGAUUCUAUGAAUGUUUGGUAAUCUCUGCUCUCUCUGCUCCAUUGAAAAAUUCCUCAUCUAAGCCAGUAGGUCAAAGUGUGGAUAGACAGGCCCCCAGUUUCUGGAAGCUGCACCUUCUCUUCCAGCAAGGCAGCCAGCUUGUGUUUGCUGCAGGUGUCGUUUUGCACAUUCUCCGGCAGGAAGAGAAACGGCACGGGCGGUUUCCUCGCCGUCCUUGUCUCUUGGUCCUACGCGCUUCAUGAGGUUGUUUCAUUUCAGUUCAGGCAGUAUGAAGGAAGCGAGGCUUGCUGGGGGAGCCGGCAGGAGUCAGGGUCAGGUGUGGGGCUUCUGCUACAGGGUAGGCUUUGUGGGGAAAGCAGCUCCUUUCCUGUGGGGACAUACCAGGAAGUGGGUGGUGCCGCCCUUGGUGUGUUCCUACAUGCCCCCAUAGAAGCAAGGAGUGGUCUAGAGUUCUCUGAGUUGCCACAGAUGAUUCUAUUUGCAGGUGGAGUCAACAUUCCUUAGGACUGGAGCUGAAUGCUGAUCUCCUCUGAGGGACUUUGGCAAAUCUUCUCUCCCCCCCCCCCCCACUUUGGACGCAUUCCUGGUUCCUUGGAAUGACGCUUGCAGGAGUCACAUUUAUUCAGCAACAGCAGAACAACUAGCAAGAAGCCGGCUUUGGUGGUCCUGUGUGGCACUUGGGAAUGAGAUUUUGGCCGCAGGGAAACUGAGGCAAGGAAACCCCUCUGUGGAGCUCCUUGAGACAUCUCUGUUUGGUGUGUGGGGCCAGCCUCCUGACAUUUAGGUAAGCACAAGUGGGGCAGAUUUGGGAAGGGGAGAGGGACUCUGUUGAAUCCUGGAUGGGAUGGGGGUGGGCCAGCUAUAACUGUUAUCAAACAGUGGAAUCUCAAGUGGCAAAGUCAUCUUGCAUGCCAGGAGUCUUGGAUGCUAUCCAGCAUCCCCAUGUAAGGAAUCUCGAGAACAGAAGUGUAGAGUCCAGAUCAAGGGAAGUCAUAGUCCCAUUCUUUUCUGCCUUGAUCAGACCACACCUGGAGUACUGUGUCCCAUUCUGGGUGCCACAAUUUAAGAAGGAUGUUGACAAACUGAAACGUGUGCAGAAGAGGGAGACCAAGAUGAUUAAGGCUCUGGAAACCAAGCCUUAUGAGGAACGGUUGAAGGAGGUGGGGAUAUUUAGCCAGGAGAAGAGGAAACAGAGAGGAGAUAUGAUGGCUAUCUUCAAAGAUCUUAAGGGCUGUCACAUGGAGGAUGGCGCAAGCAUGUUUUCUCCUGCUCUGGAGGAUAGGACUCAAACCAAUGGCUUCAAAUUACAAGAAAGGAGAUUCCAACUAAACAUUCGGAAAAACUUUCUGACAGUAAGAGCUGUUUGGCAGUGGAACAGACUCCCAUGGGAGGUGGUGGACUCUCCCACCUUGAAGGUCUUUAAGCAGAGGUUGGAUGGCCCUGUGUCCUGGAUGCUUUAGCUGAGAUUCCUGCAUUGCAGGGGGUUGGACGAGAUGACACUUGGGUCCCUUCCAACCCUAUGAUUCUAUGAAUGUUUGCUGUAGGAAGGCAUCAUCCAGGCAUCAAUGCAGUCUGUCUUGGAGGUCUAUAGCAGACACCCACAGUAAGGUCAGCGUUGUUCCUCUCCUACAAUUUUUACCCAUAUACUCUUGAGUCUGCCUUCCAUGCUCCAGGUCAUAGAAGUAUUCACAAGUGUACACCAGUGUGUUCUGAGGUCUGCAACCACUGUCCUUGCUCAUCUGGCCCAGAAGCGGUGUCUGAGGUGAGCUCCAGUGACACAGCAUGGCUCCUGGCAGUCCUGCUUCUGUGCGCCACGUUCCUCCAGGGGUUCAUGUCCUGCACGGCGCAAUCUUCCUUCUCCCUAGCGACACCCCCUCCUGCGCUGCUGUUCCAGGACAGCCCUCUCUGCUCUAUUCCUCAUCUAACCCAGUAGGUCAAAGUGUGGCUAGACAGGCCUCAAGUUUCUGGAAGCUGCACCUUCUCUUCCAGCAAGGCAGCCAGCUUGGGUUUACUGCAGGUGUAGUUUUGCACAUUUUCCGGCAGGAAGAGAAACGGCACAGGCGAUCACUGUGGUUGUUUCCUUGCCAUCCUUGUCUCCUGGUCCUACGUGCUCCAUGAGGUUGUUUAAUGUUUUAGUUGAGACUCAUUCUUUGCAGGGGGUUGGACUAGAUGACCCUCGGUGUCCAUUCCAACUCCACAAUUCUAUGAUUCUAGGAGAGCUGGGCUUGAGCUUUGCUGCCAGCUCUGCUUGGCCUCCUGUUCCCCAUCACUACAGCUGGUGUAGCAAAGAUCACAAGCUGUGAAUUGGGAGACCUCCAGUUGAAAUCUCACCUCUGCCAAAACUCCUAGGAACCUGCCUUGCACUGAGUGAGACACUGGUCCCUCCAGCUCAGUACUUCCUGCACUGGCUGGCAGCAGCUCUCCAGGGUGUCCAGCAGGGUUCUCUCUAGAGAUGCUGGGGCUUCUUCCUGCAGGCAAACAGAGGCUCUAACAAGGAGCAAAGUCCUUCCCCAACUCAUGAGGUGACCCUGCAGAAGCUUUGCACCUGCCUCAGCCCCCCACCCCCAAUAGCUUAUUUAAAUCAUAAGAAAUUUGUGGAAAUGCUUCAAACACACACAAACGGAUAAGUGGUUGUUAAUAAUUAAUGUUUGUUUAUAUCCAUGAAAGAAUAACCUGCCUGUGCAAUAUUUGGGGGAUAGGACACCCCUGCCCCAUACUCGUCAAGCUUUUCCACAGUGUUUUGAGUGUCUGAACUUGUAAAAUGGUGGAUUCUACCUUUUGCCAUUGAUGGUUGUGAAUGAGUUAUACAGAAUGAACUUAUUCAAAAAAACAGAGCACAUCAGCCUAGGGGCUGGGGGGGGGACAUUCCGUUCUCUCUUGAUGAGGGGAGGGGGAUUCGAAUCAGUUCACAUUUAGCGGUGAACCUACCUAAUUCACAAUUUCUGAAAUGAUCACAAUGAUCACAGUGCAGUUCUCCAGCAAAGCAGCGUGUACCAAAAUGUCUAUAUCGGUAAAAUAUGCAUUUAUGUAUGUUGGUGAAAAUAACAUGCAAAAACUGUAUUAUUUAAGGGGAAAUUGCUUCAGAAAUGUGUAUAUUAGAUAGAAGUGCAUACAAAAAUGAUUUUAUUAGGAUAAAUUUGCAGUAAAAUGCUGUUGAAUUUUCAUGAGGACUUAAAAAAUAAUAAUAUGCAACUGAAUUUCAGAUGGGCAAAAUGAGGAACAGAGGAAGUGGACAGAUCUGCUCAUCCAUACUUUUGACACCCCUUCCCAUAUGUCAAAUCAUGACCUUAAGUGCUUAAAACUAGAUUUAAUGUCACACCCAUCACCACAGCCCCACAGGCAGGUUACAGCUAUAACCAUUUUACAGAUGGGGAAGUGUGCACUGUGAAUUCCAAAAUGUCAGGACCUGAACCCAGGUCCCCUCAGUUCCAAGUUUGGCGUAUACAAGCAGGCAGGCAGCACUUUCAGUGAGGAGUUUGAAAGAGCACUCACAGAAGGGUCACAGAGCACCUGGAAUUUGCGCACACAUUUUAUUGCAUUCCUCAGGGUUUGAAGAAGGAUUAAGGGUGGCUGGCGCCAUAAUAAGUAAACUCUAGUUCAUUGGGCUGGGCAUUCACUAUUGCAGUACGUUCAAUACGAGGUUGGUUGGUAUUCCUCUCAAUGUUUCCCAUGUUAGGUUGCCUCUUUUCCAUCUAACUCCACUUCUGACACUUGAUUUAGGCAGCUGCACAAAAGUUACGUUUUUCCUCUGCAGAAAUGACCUCUGUGUAGGAAACGUUGUGGAGCAUCUGUGGCCUGCUUAGUGCCCUCCAGACAUUUCAAGCUACACCCAGAGUUGCAGCCCAAAACAUCUGGAGGGGCCCAAGCUGGCGAAGAUGAGUGAGGGCUGCAGCUUGGGGGCUGAGCACCAGCUUGGGAUGGCAAAUGAAAGAGGUGGCAGGAUAGACGCUGAUAAAAUGAUGCCUGGCAGGAAGGAAGUGGAUAGUUUUCUCCUUCUCUCAUAACGCUAGAAAUCGGUUCAAAAACCUCCAAGAAGGAGAGUCUGCCACAUUCCACUGUGUCCAUGCCACUGUGGAACAGCUCUUACUCUCAGAAAGUUCUCCCUAAGGUUUAGUCAGAAUCUCCUUUCUUGUAACUUGAAUCCACUGGUUCAGGUCCCACCUUCCAGAGCAGGAGAAAACAAGCUUGCUCCUUCCUCCAUGAGACAACGCUUCAGGUAUGUGAAGGUGGCUAUCCAUCCUGUCACCUCUCAGUCUUCUCUUCUUUGGCUUAGCCAUCCAGGCCAGGCCCAGUGGAAGCAGCCUUCCAGGCUGGCUGGCCAGGGACUCCUGCAGGGGUGCGUUAGGACCCCCCAUCCUCUGAUGAAUAGAUUUCUGCUGCUUCUCCCAUCCUGUGCUGCCAGACUUCAGCCCCGAUGAAGUCACUGCCUAUGGUGACUCCCUGGCGGAGCUCAGAACCUCCCUGUUUGCUCUGGGCCGUUGCCUCCCUCCCUCCCUCCCUCCACGCUGCUGUCCUGGAGCUGGAGAACAGGGACUGGCUCUGUGCAGCUGGACAUGAGGCCUGAAUCCCCAAACCUGUGAAAUUCUACAAACGGCUUAAGCAAACAGGAUGGUCAGGAGGAGGGGAGAGGGGGACGGGGAGGCCAAACUGAAUCAGUCCCUUGUGCUGCCGUCACCUCAGCAGGCCGGCCCUCCUGCCUAUGGGGCUGAGCAGGCAAACUCCGCCUGGGGCAGCGCUCCAAUCACUGCCUCCCUCUGGAGCAGGCCACUUCUCUGGGACUGUGACCACUCCACUGGGAUGCUGCCUGCCCCACCUCAGCCCUCCCCGUCCCUCGCACUGGAGGGUGUGGCCUCAGAUACACACCCGCCUUCCCACACCUGGUGUCCUCAAGCUGCUUUGGGAGACGGCUCCUAGCAGUAGCACCCCAGCACCCAGAUGAUGCUGGGGCUGAGGGCAACAUAGUGAGUUGGGUGGGACCCCAAGGGUCAUUCAGUCCAACCCCUUGUCAUGCAGGGAUCACAGUUGAUUGCUGCUCAAAACUUCUGCCAGGUUGGGGGUGGCCGAUAUAGACAGGCUGCCUGCCUUUAAGUGCCCAGGGUGCUUGGUUUUGAGUUUUGUAGUCUGUUUCCGCUUUUAUAAAAAGAAAGAAAGAAAGAAAGAAAAGAUAAGGGCAGAAGAUCAUGUCUGAAUUGACACUGGGGUAGGAUUCCAUUUUCAGGGCAUCUGAAAGCCCCUACUUCUUAUUGGUUUAUUCAGCUGUGAUUCCUGCAUUGCUGGGGGUUGGAUUAGAUGACCCUUGAGGUCCCCCUUCCAACUACAGUUCUGUGAUUCUGCUUUAAUGAUUGUAUUUGUAUGCUGCCUAUUUUCUCCAAGGAGCACAAGGUGGUGUACAUGGUUCUCCCUGAUCCUGUGGGGCAGGUGAGGCGAAGGGGGUGUGUGGCUGGCCUGAGCUUCAGGCUCAAGGGGCUUUCGACCCCUGGUCUCUCCCAGGCCCUAGUCUGACAUGCUGAAUGUCACUUUUGGGAAGCGCUGGUCCAGCAGCCCCACCCUCCAUCUUUCCAUGCCCUCCAUUCUCAAACAGAAACUCUCUAGGGAAGAUGAUCCCCAGGCAGAGACUGAAGGGCUGGGAGUUGCAGGCUGUUUUCAGGGCUCUGGUGAAGGAUCCAUCAUAAACCUUACUAUUUCUUUUGAUUUGAUUAAAUAUUUGGAUUCCGCUUUUCCAACAAAAAUGUUGAGUUCAAAGCUUUUUAAUGUUUUUAAUUUUUUAUGUUUUAUCGUGUUUUUAAUAUUCUGUUGGGAGCUGCCCAGAGUGGCUGGGGCAACCCAGUCAGAUGGGCGGCAUACAAAUAAUAAAAAUAUUUAUUAUUAUUAUUAUUAUUAUUAUUAUUAUUAUUAUUAAAGUGGCUCCCAAUAGUCACAACAGCAGCAAAAAGCAGCAAACAUUGCAAGCAGGGUAGCAUAAAAACAAAGCAGACAACAACAGCACAUUCAUUGGAACAGUUAAUGCAAUUCAAUAAAGUCAUGGUAAUUCAAAAUAUCGGAAAGAGCUGCUGAGCACCAGCCCUGAGGCAGGGGACACCCUCUCUCUUCCGAUAUGUGGCUUUGCCUCCUACAAAAGCUGUCCCCUCCCACCAUGGGGACGCCGACUUCUUCCAGCCGAGGGGCAGCCAGUCCAGAACGUUGUUAGCUGUACCACGCUAUUAGGCUCUGCCACGGCCCAGCCCCAGAGCCACGCGGGAGGCGAGCCAGGCUGGAAAUGAGCAGCAGCGCUCCUCCUGGCCUGUGUCCUGAGACCGCGGGGCUCCCUCUGAUGUGGUCUCCCGCCCCUUGUGGUUCUGUGGGCUGAAUGGAGGGAGCCGCCUCCCAUCUGACCAUUGGCAACCCUGUCUGUUUUCUGGAUUGCUUUCUAUAGUAACACGGGGUGGAGGCCCAGCUGCAGGCUGCCGUUAACCAACCCCCCAUGUGUGCUUCUAGGCUAUCACCAGCAGGAAAAAUAGCACAGAAAUCUCUGUCCCUCAAUAAAGCCUGUGUGGUGUAGUGGUUUGAGUGGCAGACUAAGGGCUGGGAGGCCAGGGUUCGAAUCCCACUCAGCCACGAAGCUCACGGAGCGUCCUUGGGCUGGCCAUUGCCUCUCAGCCUAGCAGACCUCACAGGGCUGUUGUGAGGAUAAACCGGGGAGGAGGGGGGCAUCCACCAGAGUCACAUCUAGCCAUGUAGGGUGGCACUUUUCCUAAAUUCCCUGUCCGGAAGGGGAAGGGGAGGGGGCAUUUAUUGGAAUUAAUAUACCUUCUUAAAAAUCAAUGAAACACAUUUUUUUUAGACAAAGCAGAGAGAAGGAGAACUAUGCACUCCACCUUGAUAGUUUAUAAAAUGAUGCCCUGGAGAGAUUUGAGAGAGAGAAGUCCCCCCCCCCCCUUCUAACUCAAGAACUUGUGGGCAUCCCAUGAAGUCGAAUGUUGAAAGAUUCAGGGCAGAUAAAAUAAAGUGUCUAGUUUAACCAUGGAACUCACAGCAGCGAUGGGCCACCAGACUGGACAGAUUCAUGGAGUCGGGGGCUCUCAGUGGCGUCUGGCCACAAUGGCUGUGGUCUGCCUCCAGCAAUGCUUCUGGGGGGAGUCUGCUCUUGUGCUCGAAUCCUGCUUUCCAUUGGGGCAUCUGGCUGGCCCUAUGAGAACAGAGUGCCAAACUGGCCUGAUCCAGAAGGCUCUCCUUACUUUCUUACAGUUUCUGUCCCCAAACCAAAAUAUGGUCAUCAUGCAGCCCUGUGUCUAAGUGGUGAGGUGCCUGAGCGGUGGCGGCUGUGCCUUGACUUUGGUGUCCUUGGAAGGAAGGUGACUGGAGGCUGAUGUUGUUUCUGUGAUAUUAGGCAUUAUUUGCCUAUCUAUCCAGGCUGUGCUUGAGAUGGAAGGUUCAAUAGCAUCAACACUCCUAAUUGAUCCUGCUCUACCCUCAACACCACGACUUGUUGCAGAGAGCAAGUUUCAGAGGGCAAGUCAGGCCACUGCCAGGUUUGGGCCUGUUUUUUCAAGAUUGCCAGCCCAUUCUUCUCCAGACAUGCCUGCUUCUGGAAGGAUCUCCAGCCAUUUAGUAUCUGUGGCAACACCUUAGCUGCCCGUGGCCAUCUCUUGAGUUAUCCAGAAGCCCACUCUCCAAAAUACUGUGUGUCUGUGCAAGGCUAAAGUGGUCCUCUUUAUGACCUCUUCAGUGGACUUUUUUUGCAACAAAAGUCACAAAAUUGGGGUAGGUAGAAGGCCCCCAAAUCCAUUUAAUGUAAACUCAAUAUCAUUACUGUAUUUAGUUUUUUUGGACAACAGUAAAAUGUGAAAAAACAGAGCAGGCUCUUGCCAAGUGGAAUGCAUAGUUGCAAAGGAGGAAUUAUUAGAUCGAAACUGGGAGGAAGGCAGCUUAGUCUGGGAACCCAGGUGAGGAACUACGCAGUCACAGGGACAAAGUGUGUUCUCGGAGAAACAGGACGAAGCCUCUUCUCAAAUUCUGAGCAAGAAUAUAUAGCAGAUUCCCAGAAACACUCCAACUGAAAGCAGAACAACCCGGUAUUAAACUUAUGUGACUCUUUGUCACCAGAUCAGAACUGACACUGGAACAAUGGUCACCGACCCCUGGCCCCAGAGGUGGCAUGGGGCGGGCUCCGUGCCUCUUUUCACCAGACAAAUAUGGGGAGGGGCCUGUGUGCGGUCAGGACCCCGUGUCAGGCAGGUUGGGAAGCAGUCCUGGGAAAGGCUGGUGGCAAAAAACUCUCCAAGUGAUCGUCCAAUGAGCCUGAAUCGCUCAGCUUCCAUCAAAUUUCCGAUAUUUGGCUUCAACUGCUAAUUUCAAGUUAAGGAUAUGUAAAAACAGCAGCAAGACUGAGAUAAAGAGAGAGAACUGUGUGCUUACAUGCACUGUUGCACUUAUUCCAUUCUCAAGCAGCAGAAUUUUUAAAACAUCUGAUGGGGGGGGGGGAAACAGGCAGCCCAUAAAUAUAGUAGGGAUUUCUGCAUGCUGUGGGAGUGUCUAGGCAUAUAUUGGUUCCUAAAUAUAUAUUUUAAACCCCUAAAACUGCCCAGCAAAGACCCAUGUUCAGUGACUUCUGAGAUCUGUGGAAUAUUAAGGAUGGAGCGCAGGGGAAAGUACAACUUGCCUGCUUUCCUGCUCUCCAGGGCCCUCCCCACCCCUCGAUACAAAAAUAAAAUACUAUUGCAGCACGCCAAUCUCCGAGUGCUGAGAGACUCCAGGAGUUCCUGCACUUUCCCCAGGGCUGGGUUUCCUUGGAAAGAAGGUGAACAUGGUUUUAUUUACACAUAUACAAUCUGAGGACAGGAUGGAGGGGUAUAGCAGAUCCCACCUCUGUAUACCAAAAAUGUAGUGGAUUCCAUAGCUACCAUCAAUUGUCUACGUAUACCAAUUGUGGCGGAUCCAAACUGCAUACACACUCUAAUAAACACUGCAAGUUAUCUUUUUGGAUUUUGUGUGAAGGAAAACUUUGGUACUUGGAGACUGAGACAGAGGUUGAACUAAUUAAGAAAGAUUUUAUAGAACAAAGUUGAUAAAACAAUGUUCUUUCAGGAAACAGUUAACCUAUUAAUAAUUGUAUUAAAUCAAAAGGAGGUGACAGGCUUCUAAUCAAACACAGCUUCUUUUAAACUUCAGUUGCUGUUCAGUUAUUUCACUUCAGGUAAAUUUUACAGGUUUUUAGGUUUUAGAUGGUAAAUGCUUAGCUUAUUUCCAAUUUUGUUACUUCAGUUUCUUAAACUUAAUUGCGUAGGUCAGGGGUUGGCAACCUAAGGCCCAUGGGGGUCGUUUAACUGGCCCAUGGACCCCCACCCAUUCGGGGACCUCCACCACCCGCCUGGCGCUAAACUGGCGCUCCUGCAGCCAAUGGGAAGCUGCGCACGCCUCCUCCAUGCCGGAAGGAGCGCCGGAAAUAGCGUUUGCACAUUCAUGCGCAUGCGCACUGUGGCCCACUGCAGCGUCUGCAGGACCAUGAACCGGCCCAAGCCACAAAAACUUUGCCAACCCCGGCCUAGGCGUUUCAGCUUAAUACUUUGGUUCUUAAACAAGGCACUACAUUUUGUCAGUUUCCCCACCAUAUAUCAAUCACACACCUGGGGUACUUCUAGCAGGAUAACAGACCCAGGGGGUCCCCUCAUCCCUCUUCACUGGCUUGGGAUUCUUCUCUCCCCUCAUGACUGACAGGAGACCCAAGGAGAUGCUAUCCUCACAGCUCUACUUCUCCUGGCUCAGACUCAGCCCUCCAGUUCACUCCUGUCUGAAUACUUUCCCUAGACAUUACACACUGUCUUCCAGUCUAAGCUCAGAGGCUCCUUUUUCUAGCUGUAGAUAUUUUCCUGAGCGCGGUUGUUCCACACAGACCAGGCCCAGCUCUCCUUCUCUCCCUCCGGCUCUCUCUUCAACCAUCUCUCCAUCUGAGCUCUUUCUCAGAAAUGAGUCCUUUUAUACUCCUUCUCAAAGUGCUGGCUCCACCCCCUCUGACUAGCUGUCUUGGUAGCCAAUCAGAGAGAGGCUCCAGCCCUCUGGUGGAGUUCUGAGGAACUGCAGCCCCAGCCCCUGCUCUGGCUCAGCUGUCCUUCACGAGGGGCUCACGGCAUCCACAGCCCAGCAGCUCUUGCUUCCUCAGUGGACAGCUUUGAGGUCAAGUGCAGAGCAAGUCAUGCCUGUGUCUCCUCAGCCCAAAUGCGCAGGCCUCUCCCAUGCAUGCCCCGCUGGGCCUCAGAUUCUCCGUCCUAGGAGGAUGUGGCAUCUAGCCAGGUGAGGGGGGAACAGGUCCACAGCUGUUCACUUCAGACCCGCAAAGGCCUUCUGAAUGGAAACACGACCGGAAGCCUGGAAGUUUCUGGCAGGACAUUAAUCUUGAAAGUCACAAUAGGCGGCUGCUUUGUGUCUGGCGUCCGCAGGGGACUCCGCCCGCCCCCUGGGCACAGGGUACAAAGGGCAUCCCAGAUUUAGGGACAGAGGUGGGGGAAGCCGUGACGCAGUGCAGGAAGGCAGCAUGUUUUGCACCCCACCCACUCCGGUCUUUGUGUCGGAGAGAAAGGGGGGUCCCCCUGGGACUGAGCUCAGAACACAGGGACUUGCAGAGCUGGGAGGAUCCCCCAAAGUGCGGGGAGAGAGGGCUGCUUGCCCAACCUGACAGGCACCUGCGUUUUUGGCUGGGUGGUGAAGAAUGGCCGGGGGUUUCAGUGAGAACGACUUGGUGGAUGGGGCCCCUCUGAAGCCCUGUGUGUUCCACUCUGAGCACCAAAACACCUUGAGCUGGGAAAGGGCUUGUGGAGGAGAGGUCCCCACAGUGACUAGUCGGGGGGGGGGCAGCACAGGUGUGGGGAGGGUAGCUGCUCUUGCACUCCUGCCCUGUUUGGGGGCUUCCCAUCGGGGCACCCGGAGGGCCACAGGAUGCUGGACUCGAAGGGCCGUCUUACGUUAAAUAUACAUAAUAGGUUUUUUAAAUAAUAAUAAUGAUGAUGUUGCAUCAGAACUACUAGGAAGAAAACAAUCAAAGUUGUAUGAUGUAAGAGCUGCACAAAAGCUGUGUUUUCCAAAUAAAUAGAGGGAAGAUCGUGUAGAAAAAUAAAUGCAGCAAAUCACAUUGUGAAAGCCAAAUUUCUCCAUUUCAGUGGAGGAAAGAACAUUUUGUGUUUCUGAACCUCAUCGAAUCAUAGAAUUGUAGAGUUAGAAGGGAUCCCGAGGGUCAUCUAGACCAACCCCCUGCAAUGCAGGAAUUUCAGCUAAAACAACUGGAUGCAUAAGAAAUGAAAUUCCAACAAACAGCAUAGAAAUGCCUUCCUUACCCCCAGAGACACGUAAUUUGUGUGUUCAUUUAUCUGCCAUAGCCAGUGUCCACAUAUUCUGGUACCACAAUGAGAGGUUUAAUCCCUUUAGUGUCUUCCAUUUCUGGCCCAUGGAAGGUCUUAGGGAUGGAGAGCUUUGUUUCGUCUCCAGGCAGUCUUUUGCAGACAGCUGUGGCCUCCACCACCUUUGAAUUACUCCAUGUUGCUUAUAUUCCACUGUAACUUGGUCUGUUUGGACCAGGCCUCUGAUGCCUUCUGAACAGCACCUCGUUUUCUCAGCCCUCGACAAAGAACUAACAUUUUUAUUCUUAAUAAGGCUGGGCAGCUGGAGAGGCCUUGGCAUUUGCUGCUGCCCUCGAAAUCACAAACCCUCCGUCAUCCAGAGGCACCGUCCUUGCGGCCUCUUCCAGUCAGGCAGGGCCAACCGGCAACAGGAAGGGAAAUGAAUCAUCGGUGCUUCAGGUGUGUCUGAAAAGCAAACGGGAGCAUGGCCAGUGGGUGGCCCCAAAUUUCAGUGGCCAGCAAACCAACGGAACGGGAACAAACAGGCCUCUGUGUGCCUUCAGGCUGAGCUCACGGCCUGGCAUCUCCCUAGAGGCAGGGGCUGCCUCCAUUUCCCACCCUUUCCUGCUGAUAAACCUUUGUGCAUUUGGUGGCUAAAUUUGGACGGCCAGUGUGGUGUAUCAGACUGAGACCUGGGAGAUCAGGGUUCAAAUGUGCACUUGGCAAUGAGGCUCAUGGAGCGACCCAGAAGCCUCUCACUGCCUCUCAGCCCGACCUCCCUCGCAGGGUUGUUGUGGGGAUUCAGUGAGGAGAGGGAGGGCCAGGUGUGCUACCUUGAGCUCCGUGGAGGAAAAGGUGGCAUAGGAAUGGAAUGAAAACAUCAUCAUAAUAACUAAUAAUAAAUAAUUUUGCAUUCUUGCCAUAUCAAGAAUUAUAAUAAGGUUUUAAUUCAGUGUUUUGUUAUCCCUGGAGGGCAGCAGACAUAGCAGGAAGUCCUGUGUCUUUCCACAACAAAUUUCUCCUGUAGUUUAGAGCAUCAGAAGAGGCUGCUGGAUCAGGCCAAUGGCGCAUCUAGUCCAGCAUCCGGUUCUCACAGGGGCCAACCAGACCAAUUCACAUAUUGCUUUGAAAAUAUUAUAUUUUAUAUAUUGUAAAGGAUCUUGGCUGCAUGCAAUAAACUUGUCUUAACUUGACUAUUUCCUUCCCCCCAAGCCAGCGUGGCCAGAGGUUGCUGGUGAUGGAGAUGUGUGGCCCCACAGCCUCCAGAAGGGCAGAUACAGGUUCCCCAUUGCUGCCCUGGAGUUUUCCCAGGUUGCCCCCUAAGAAGAGAACUGCUUUUCCAAAACCUGCCAGACUCUGCAGAGAACCUGCUUCUCACUCUCAUUUCUUUGCUGCAUCAAGUCAUUGGAGGAUUUUACGCAGAGGUCGCGUGUCCACCUGUCAGGGAUUCUUCAGCUGUGAUUCCUGCUUUGCAGCAGUGAUGGACUAAAUGGCCCUUGGUAGUCCCUCCCAACUCUACAAUUCUGUGAUUCCAAGUCUCUCUUUCCCCUCUCUAGGUCCCCCCCCCCAAGCGUGAGGGCUUCCCAAGAGGUCCUUGGCUGUCCAUGGCAGGAGAUGCCCCUUUGGUCGGAUUCAGGGCUUAUUCUCAGGUUGUUUGCUCCUACGACAACCUUGCAUGGCGGGUUGCUUCUGACCUCUAGAAUUUGCCCCCUGCCCCCUCAUUGUUGGAAAGCUUGUGAAGGUGUAUCGAGUAAGAUCACACCUGCCAAAAGGAAAAGGUGCUUUGUUUUGCAGAACUGCUUCAUGGCACACUCAAAUGUGCAUUUUUUUUCAAGAAAAACUGGAGGGCUGUGUGAGAGAAGCCUUUUUGCUAAACUGGUGCUCCCCAGCUGAUUGGGGCGAUGGGAGUUGAAAAAGGCUGCUGCGGGGGGCUACAGCUUCUCCUCCUGUUCCAACACCCCUAAACAACACCCUGUGAAAAGGAGUGGGGAUCCCAGGCUGCCCCCACCCCAGAUGAGCAGAGCCCUUGGGCAAGUGGACUGGAUGGGAUUUGGCAGCCACCAAGUGUAAUGACAGGCUGCGUAAUGAGAAGUAUGCAAAGCCAGCCUCUCCCAUGGGAGAGCUUGUCAGACAAGGCUGCUGCCAAGUAGAAAAUCACAGGGGGAUGGUGGCUUUUGCAGGUCUCCCCCCGCCCCCCCCCCGCCCCACUUCCUUGUCCUGCCAGAACUUGGAGCAAAGGCUGCACAGAACUGCAUUUGCCUUGAUUACACGCGGAAGAGAAGAGGCAGAAGAAGGCUUGGCCCUUUCGCAGACGCCUUCACCUUUUAUUGUGACUGUCAGACUUGCGGCUCCAACUGUUGGAGGGCAAAACUCCUUCUCUCUCUUACCCCCCCCCCCCGGGGGGGGGAGAUUUCUAGUUAAAAUUGGUUAAAAUUAAAAGCACCACCUUGGAUUUUACUCUAGAGUGAAGUGUUUUGAACGCUCUGAAAGUGCUUUAUUAAUUCAUUGGAGGUUUUUAAGCAGAGGUUGGAUCGCCAUCUGUCAGGGAUUCUUCAGUUGAGAAUCCUGCAUUGCAGGGGGUUGAACUAGAUGACCCCUUGGGGUACCUUCCUACUAUUCUGUGAUUCUAAUUAUUUAGCCUGCUUCCUUUGCAGAAGUCUGGACCCAAAGCAUCAUCUAGUCCAACCCCCUGCAAUGCAGGAAUCACAACUAUUUCUAUUAUUAUUAGUAGUAGUAUCAUUGGUCACAUGUUGCUGAUUGGGGAGGCUUCCGGAGCUGGGGAGGCUGCCCGGGGGUGUUUGUGACGGCAGCUGCAAUACCUGGGAGUUGGCCUCUUUCAGCUCUGUGGGAGUGAGCCCUGAGCAGAGAUGUGUAGAGGUGCUCACUCCGUCUCAGAGCAUCCACCAGAGAACACAGGCUAGCAGCAGGUGGAUUGGGAAGAAAUGGUAGAUCUCUGGGCAACUUGCAGGAAGGAUUUAACAGCAUCAGCCUCAAAAUGACUUCCCCUGCUCCGGAUUAGGCUGGUGAAAUGAAGAGAGCUAAGCCAGAAGUUGACUCUGGUGGGAAAGGAUGGUAGGAUCAGUUCCUUUCUGGUCCUGAAAACAAAUCCCUGGGCUCAGAACCAGAGCUGGACUUUGGGCCUCAAAUGUGCCGCCCGCUGCCUCUCACACUUCAUUCUAAAUAGUGGUUGUGGUGCCUCCAAUACUUUGAGCCCAGUGCAACUGAGCUGGCCAUGCCCCCCUAAAUCUGCCUCUGUCAGAAUGUGCUCAGAGGCAGCCUUUUCUUCCUUAGCACACAAUUUGCUGUUCCAGAAAUCUUUGCCUUGGUGACAGAGCAGCUCAGGGCCCCCUGAAACUUCAAAUCCUCCUGCCUUUCUACAUCCCGAGGAAGCUGGACUUUGGGUGGGGUUGGGCUGGUGAAAGCUGCCCUUGUUUCCUUGCCCUGCUGGCGUCUGUGCCGUAGAGCAACCACAUCUGGGCGUGGGUAGGCUGGUGGCCAGCCCCACCGUCCUCCCCACAGUGCUCUUUGAAGCAGGCCCUGGUGGGGCGGCUGGCAGAUGGGACAGAGCAGCAGCAGCAGCAGCAGCAGCGUAGAGCUCCUCCAGCCUCCCUCCUUUCCCCAGUUCCUCCCCACAUCACUCUCCUGUGUGCCUGCGGAGCACAUCUGGCACAUGGAAAUUGUUGCCGUUUCAGCCCAGGAGGACGAGCGCCAGGCAAAUCCAGCUUCUUUGCACUCGAGAGCCCAAGGUGGGUGGUAUUUGGAACGCAAUUAGAGUUUCAGGUGGGAUGAGGAUUUGCACCCAGAGCCAGGUCUGAAGUUAGGCUGGGGUGGGGGGUCCUUGCCUUUGCAGGCAUCUUCCAGACCCUUUCUUGGCACAGGAGCACAGGAGCUGACUUUUCCUGAGUCAGACCCCUGGUGUCUACACUGACUGGUAGCAGCCCUCGGGGGUUUCAGGCAGCCAGUGGUCUUUGCCAUCGCUUCCUGAUCCCUUUCAGUGGUAAUGCCUGGGAUUGAACCCAGGCUCCUCUGCAUGCAAGGCAGGUGCUGCGCCACUGAGCUAUGGCCCUCGGCACGUUCAGCUUUCAUUUAAAACAGCCAAAGGAACCCAACACAGCAAGUUUCUAGUCCUCUUCGUUCUGGAGGCACAAACAGGUGUUGUUUUGCCCUAAUGGCUUGGUAAGAGUUAAAACUGCUUCCGCCACAGAGUUCCAAGGUGAUUGACAAGCCCUUGGUGCUGGGGGGGGGGGACUUCGCUGAAAGUUUUAAAAGUGAAAUCAAUUUAAUUUAAGCAGAUUAGUCUACCUGCAGUUGGCACUGCAGUUCCAUACAGAUUUACAGGCUCUCGCCCUCCCCCCAGUGUACACUUUUAGUAGAAAUGAUUUCAAGACAUUUUGGUGACUGUGGCAGAAAUCCCAUAGGGAUUCCGUAGGGACUACAGGAACUGACCCUUUGUUUCUUUUUUGAUGUAUCCAAAUUUUGCCAUUUGGGGCAUAGGCAGGACUAUGUUUGUCUGGAAUAUGUCUUCAAAAAAUGAAGACAAGGGAUUCCCUGAGCUUACAGAGUCCUUCCUAGGACCACGCUCCGCGCCCAACUGUCAUUACUAAAUAUGUGAGCACACAACAUGAAAGCUUGGAUGCGCUAAAGGUCAUUGGACACGGAUGUGAGGAUGCAGCUAGGAUUUCAACAGCUUGUCAAUGGGACAUAAGAAGAGGCAGAGGCCAUCUCGCCCAGCCUCCUGUUCUGACAGGAUUUGCCAAGGGCUUCCUGCGCUCCUCUGGUUUCCAGAGACGGUGGAGGCAGAGCCGAGCCAUGGUGGCUAACAGCCCUCGAUAGCCCUCUCCUCUUCUAAAGGCAUCCAGGCUGGUGUCCCCCGCAGCCUCCUGUGGGAGGGAGUUCCCCAGUUCAACUCUGCGCUGCAUGAAGAAGGACUUUCUUUUAUGUCCUGGCUGAAUCCUCCAACAUUCAGCUUCGUGGGAUGUCCAGGAGCUGUUAUUGGGGGGGGGGGGAAGCUUAUCACUCACUUUGUCUCUAAACUAAAAAGUCCCAAAUGCCGCAACCUUUCUUCAUAGGAUCCUUUUAGUGGCCCUUUUCUGAACCUUGAAAAGCUUGAGAAAUCUGCAUUUGGCUGUGUAAUAUAUAUAUAAAACUUAUGGACUUUGGCUAAUUUGGGGGAAAAUGCACACAAGCCGCACAUUUCCAGGGGGGUGGAGAACCCACAAGACUUUGGACUUAGAUGUCCCACACUCUACAUCCGGAUGUCUCAAUUUACCAUAUUUUUUGCUCUAUAAGACUCACUUUUUCCCUCCUAAAAAGUAAGGGGAAAUGUGUGUGCGUCUUAUGGAGCGAAUGCAGGCUGCGCAGCUAUCCCAGAAGCCAGAACAGCAAGAGGGAUUGCUGCUUUCACUGCGCAGUGAUCCCUCUUGCUGUUCUGGCUUCUGAGAUUCAGAAUAUUUUUUUCCUUGUUUUCCUCCUCCAAAAACUAGGUGCGUCUUGGGGUCUGGUGCGUCUUAUAGAGCGAAAAAUACGGUAUAUUGACAUGCCACCUUUUCUUUCUCUUAUUAUUUAUUGCUUGCUUGCUUUGUAUAUACCGUAUGACAUAAUCUCCUGCUAUUGCCCUUUUGGGUUGUUAACAAUGUUAAGAAAGAUUUGCAAAAAUUGUGGCACGCUCCCUUCUGUUCUGUAUUUUAUUCCAUUCCUUUUCCCUCUCCCAGACCAGGUGUGACCCUCUCUGCCCCUCGCCACAGCCCUCAUGGCAAAUCUGGAAGACGCGGCCCACGCCAGCCCCAGCGAGUCUGCCGAGAGUCCGAGUGAGGAGCUUUCCCCACAGAACGACUCCUUCCCACUCUCCUCACUGGCCAACCUCUUUGAGAAUGAGGAGGGAGCCCCCUUGGCCGAGGCUGCGCGAAGCCCCCCAGGAGCCGGGGAUGGAAAGCAGAACCUCCGGAUGAAAUUCCACGGGGCUUUCCGCAAGGGUGUUCCGAACCCCAUGGACCUGCUGGAGUCCACCAUCUAUGAGUCUUCGGUCGUGCCAGGACCCAAGAAAGCCCCCAUGGACUCCCUCUUUGACUACGGCACUUACCGCCAUCACCCGAGUGACAACAAGCGGAGGCGCAAGAAGGCCCUGGAGUGAGUAUGGCGGCUGGUCCGGCUGGAUGGUGGCGUCUUCUUGGGCUGCAAAGGGGCUGGGAGCUGAACUCCCUUGGCUGGUGCUGGGUCGGGGCAAGCCGUUCAGCCUCAGAAUAUAGAAUGUAGGAUGCAGAACUGCAGGGGUGGAAGGGAGCCGAAGGGCCAUCUAGUCCAGGACUCCUGCAAUACAGGGGUCACAGCUAAAGAAUCCGUGACCGGUGGACAGCCAAGCUCUGCUUAGAAACCUCCAAGGAAGGAGUCUCCACAGCCUCCUGAGGGAGCCCAUUCCAUUUUUUUAAAAAAAUAAUAUUUAUUAGAGUUUCAAAGAAGUUACAAAAAAGAGAAAAGGAAAAAGAAAAAGAAAAGAAAGAAAAGAGAGAAAAGAGAGCAGAAAAUACAAAAUACAAAAAAGUAUAUACAAUUAAAAACAUUUCCAUCUUUCCGUGUCUUAUCUUUCAUUAACUUGUUUCCCUGACCUCCUCACACCUCCCUUUUUUGUAUUCUAGUUCAGUUAAAUAUUUCAGCAAAUCCUUUCCGCUUGGUUUUUAUCCUAAUAAUUUAUCUUAGUGUACUUAUAAUUUUACAUUCUCGUUUCACCACUUAAAAAAUCAAUUUUUACCUAAUCUUUUAUAUUAUUUCUGCUAAAACCACAUUGCUUCAUUCCAAUAUCCUUCUAGCAUUCCUGGAUCUUGCAAUGUUUCUGUAAAUAAAUUUUAAAUUUUUUCCAAUCUUCUUCCACCAACUCUUCACCUUGGUCUCAGAUUCUGCCAGUCAUUUCCGCCAGUUCCAUAUAGUCCAUUACUUUCAUCUGCCAUUCUUCCCGAGUGGGUAAAUCUUGUGUCUUCCAGUAUUUUGCGAUGAGUAUUCUUGCUGCUGUUGUUGCAUACAUAAAAAAAGUUCUAUCCUUCUUUGGCACCAAUUGGCCAACCAUGCCCAGGAGAAAGGCCUCUGGUUUCUUCAAGAAGGUAUAUUUAUAUACCUUUUUCAUUUCAUUAUAGAUCAUCUCCCAGAAAGCCUUAAUCCUUGGGCACGUCCACCAAAGGUGAAAGAAUGUACCUUCAGUCUCUUUACAUUUCCAACAUUUAUUAUCGGGCAAAUGAUAGAUUUUUGCAAGCUUGACUGGUGUUAUGUACCACCUAUAUAUCAUUUUCAUUAUAUUCUCUCUAAGGCAUUACAUGCCGUAAACUUGAUACCUGUGGUCCACAACUGUUCCCACUCAGCCAUCAUGAUGUUAUGUCCAACAUCUUGAGCCCAUUUAAUCAUAACUGAUUUCACCGUUUCAUCCUGAGUAUUCCAUUUCAACAGCAAGUUAUACAUUCUCGACAGAUUCUUAGUUUUUGGAUCUAACAAUUCUGUUUCCAAUUUUGAUUUCUCCACCUGAAACCCAAUUUUCUUAUCCAAAUUAUAAACCUCCAUUAUUUGAUAAUAAUGAAGCCAAUCCGGUACUUUGUUUUUUAGUUUUUCAAAGCUCUGCAGCUUUAAUCUGUCUCCUUCUUGUUCCAAUAUCUCCCAAUAUUUCGGCCAAUUGGCCUCCAUAUUGAGCUUUUUCAGAGCCUUAGCUUCCAAUGGUGACAACCACCUAGGAGUUUUAUUUUCAAGCAGAUCCUUGUAUCUUAUCCAAACAUUAAACAAAGCUUUCCUGACAAUAUGGUUUUUAAAUGCUUUAUGUGCUUUGACCUUAUCAUACCACAGAUAUGCAUGCCACCCAAAUACGUUAUUAAAACCUUCUAAAUCCAAGAUGUCUGUGUUCUCAAGAAGCAGCCAUUCUUUCAGCCAGCAAAAUGCGGCUGAUUCAUAGUAAAGUUUGAGGUCUGGCAGGGCAAAUCCACCUCUUUCUUUUAUAUCAGUUAAUAUUUUGAAUUUUAUUCUGGGCUUCUUGCCCUGCCAGACAAAUCUAGAAAUAUCUCUCUGCCACUUCUUGAAACAGUCCAUUUUGUCCAAAAUUUGCAUUGAUUGAAAGCCCAUUCCAUUGUCAAACGGCUCUUACUGUCAGAAUGUUCUGCAUAAUGUUAAGCUUUAGUUCUUCCUAAUAUUUAGUCAGAAUCUCCUUUCAUCUGUAGAAUAUAUCCCAAAGAACAUUUUUUUAAAACCCAGAAAAGGGGAGCAGUCAGAAAAAAGCGUAAUGAUGAUUCACCCUUCACCAGCAGGUCUCAGGACGAGUUAAAAAGAGGGUCUGUAGGGAAGGAGCUGGGCUGACCUGAGUCCUUUACAGCUUUAAACACAAACACCUUGAUUUGGGCCCAGAAACAAACUGGGGUUGUACAAAAUCUAAAGGGAACCCCGGCCAGUAAUCUGGCUGCUGAGCAACAACUAUAUGCUGCCCCUGGGAGCUUACACUGAAGGGUGGCUCUUAAAUUAUUAUUAUUGUUCUUCUAUUCUUAUUAAAUUUGUAUACCCCCCUCCUUCUGAAGAUCACAGGGUGGUUCACAACAUAAAAAUACAAACAGAGUAUCUGUAAUGUCUGAAAAGUCUGUCCUGGGUAUGAGAUGCAUAAUUUCUAAGGAAGAUCCCUGAAGUUCUGUUUUCCGUCUGGACCUUCCCACUUUUUGCAGUUAAUUUCCUGAACAAGUUGAAAAUUGGGGGUGGGAGGAAGGGAGUGAGGAAUGACUGCUAACACAGUUUUGAAACACCACUAGAAAACAAGCAUUUUGCAGGAUUCACCACGAAAGGGCAUUUUUGCAAGACUGUUUCUCCAAAUGAAUGCCUUGGGUGGUGGGAUAAAUUCCCAUGGGGGCCAUUUAUCACCUAAGCAAACAAUUGGCAGAGUGUAGGCUCUGGUGGGACGUAUUGCAAAAGGAAGUGUGUGCACUGACUUGGCAGGACAUCAAAUUCAGGAUGAAAAAGGGUGUUUCAUUCCCCCCUCCUUCAAAUUCUGACACUAAAAAUGUAUCCUGUUGUGAGGUCAUUUUGGUAACAGAGGGAAAAAAGCAAGAGGGAGAAUUGGUUUUAGGAAGCGAUACUGGAGCCCACAAGAGUUGGUCCCUGUAAUUGGUGAUGUGAUGAUUCCUCCAGGCGGCUGUGUUGCCUGCUACCUCUGAGGCUUGUUUGGCCCAGAGCACACGGAGGUUUGCUCACCAGCUUGCUCCAUCCCCAGGAAGAAACCCCCCAGCACCAAGGGGCCUGCCCCCCACCCGCCCCCCAUCCUCAAGGUGUUCAACCGGCCCAUCCUCUUCGACGUCGUCUCCCGGGGCUCCACUGCUGACCUGGAUGGGCUCCUGCCCUUCCUGCUGACCCACAAGAAGCGCCUGACAGACGAGGAGUUUCGAGGUGAGGGGGACGAGAGGCAGGGGCACCCAUGGGUGAAGGAGGGUGUUGAGCAGCCAGUGGCUGAGAUGUGCUCCCUGGGCAGGGGACCUUUAGCUGGCAUGAAUUCUGCAAAUGCAGACUUACUUCUUUAGCCUGACGAGGGCUGAAUCUACACUGACCUGUUUAAUGUUAUUAGGAUGAAAUUAGAUAUAUCAUUCUAAAAUGUCACAGGGCAUAUGGGUAAAUUAAAAGCAUUUCAUAUCUUGUUUUCUCCAUAAAAACACAGUUUUCCUACUGUCUGUUCUUGGUUCCUCUGCAGCGCCCUCUGGUGUCUCAUUUUAAUAAUGCAUUAUGAAUGUUACAAGCAGAAUGUAAUGUGUCCAUCUGUGUUACGAAAACCAAUCCUUAACCCUUCCUUAACAUGAUAAACCAUGAGUGUAGAUCAGCCCCAGGCAAGGGAACGGAAAGGGGGGCAGCAGGGUAUCCCUGUCCUUGAGGUACACGUGGCAGGAUUGUUUAUUUUAUUGCAUUUCAUAGAAUCCCAGGAUUGUAGUGUUGAAAGGCACCCAAAGGGUCCCUUGUCGAAUUGCCCGCGAGGCAGGGACUCGUAUCCCCCUGUGUUCUCCAAGGAGCUCAAGGUGGCUCUUCUCCCCCUCCUUGUGCGGUGUGUCUGGGCGAGAGGCAGUGACGGACACCCAAGGCCACCCAGGGAGCUUCAUGACCAAGCGGAGGUUUUGAACCCGGGUCCCUGGGUCCUCGACUGACAUGGCAGCACACUGGCUCUUUCCCGCCUACUGGAUGCUGGGAGUCUUGCUCAGUUCUCCUCCUCCGCUUGAGAUGGGCAGGAGCUUUUCCAGAGCAUGGCUGGCAUUUCAAAUAUCAAUUGUGGAUUGUGUUGUGGAGGCUCCUCGUGCUUUGGUUCCUGUAGCCCAACAGGUUGGCCAGGUUUUUGUUUUGUUUUUUUAAUUGUUUCAAAAUCUGCUUGGCCACAGACUACAGUGGGGCAGAAGACGUCUGUGUGUCUGUGCCUGCCUUUAGAAGCGAAGACACUUCCCCUGUUUAUGCAGGUUUUUUGUUUUGUUUUAAAAAACCUUUCUCCAGCAGCGGGGGGGGGGGGGGGAGAAAGAGACCCAACCUACUAGAUCAUGGCUCCUAGCCCCCUGGCAGUCUGAGGCGGCGGACGCUAGGAAUGCCACUUGCGGAAGGCGCAGGAGGGCAGAGAUGCUCUUGCGCUCCGCUGCUGCUGCUGCUGCUUGGGGGCUUCCCAUUGGGGGCAUCCUGGUGGCCACUGUGGGCCCCCAGUGGCCGCACCAGCCAGGGCUUCCAUGCUGUUCUUAGAGCAUUCCAGUGAGAUUUCCUCAGGUGGAUCAGAAUUCUUAAAAAGCAAAACGAUUGACAAAUACCUUGUCGUGCUGUUUAAUCCCUUGCUCUCACUCAGCUCACUUCACAGCCACAGUCCGUCCUGAGCCCAAGAUUCUGUCCAGCUUUAGGUUUCUCUCUUUAAAUAUAAGCUGUAGAAAGCAGCUUUAAAACACAAAAAUAUGGCUCAGAAUGCACUUAAUUGCUCGUGCCCAGCAUUAUUGAUGAUGUGCAGCCAUUAUUGAUGAUGUGCUCAGUGCAUAGGGGAGCAUGCAGAAGAGAGGGGGAAUGGACCUCAGUUUGUCAGCAGAGGGUGAUGCAAAUGCACAUAUAGAACCAUAGAAUUGUAGAGCUGGAAUUGUAGAGUCCGACCCCCUGCAAUGCAGAAAUCACAGCUAAAGAAUCCCUGAUGGAUAGCUAUCCCACCUCUGUUUGAAAACCUCCUAGGGAGACCAUUCCACUGUCAAAUGGCUCUUACUGCUAGAAAGCGACUGGAGAGUGUCUACAGUUCCUGAUGAGGGUUGGAGAGACCUGGGUUCAAAACCCCCACUCAGACUCAAAGGUUGCUAGGUGAACUUGGGCCAGCCACUGUCUCUCAGACUACCUCACAGGUCUGUUGUGAAGUUAAAAAUAGAAGGUGGGGGGGUAACAACAUACACUGCCCUGAGCUCCUUGGUGAAACGUUGAGAGGCGAACAUUUUAAAGUAGUAAUUGCUGAGCUCCUUGUCUGUGAUGCAACAUCCUGCUCUGUGCAUCCCUCCCUGCUCCCACCCCAGAGCCCUCCACUGGCAAGACCUGCCUCCCCAAAGCCCUGCUGAACCUCAACAAUGGCAAGAACGACACCAUCCCAUUCCUGCUGGACAUCGCGGAGAAGACAGGCAGCACGCGGGAGUUCAUCAACUCGCCCUUCCGGGAUGUCUACUACCGAGGUGGGAGGGGGACUCUGGCAGGAGCAGUUUGGGGGGGGAAGGCAGCUGCUCCAAGGUGGGGCACUGGGCACCGUGCCUGGCGACUGCGGUGAGCUUGGCCUCAAUCCCACCUUGAAAUGAUUGUCCAAGGGGCCUCAGUCCCAUCCUUGAGUCCUGGUCAAGCCAGUUCUCUACAGGCUCCUUUCCCCCAUCUUUUUACUUUGGUUCUGCUAUCCAAGGAGAGUGGGAAAGAGCUGAAUGCCCAGCCCUGAGAUUCCGCCAGGCACUUCUUCCUGGGUUUCUCAGUCCUGAGGGCCAGAAACUUGUUUGUUUGUUUUUAAAUGAACACCAUUAUUAUUACAGUGGUUCCUUGGGUUACAGACGCUUCAGGUUACACACACUUCAGGUUACAGACUCCGCUAACCCAGAAAUAGUGCUUCAGGUUAAGAACUUUGCUUCAGGAUGAGAACAGAAAUCGUGCUCCGGCGGCGCGGCGGCAGCUGGAGGCCCCAUUAGCUAAAGUGGUGCUUCAGGUUAAGAACAGUUUCAGGUUAAGAACGGACCUCCAGAACAAAUUAAGCACUUAACCCGAGGUACCACUGUAUUUAUUAAAUUUAUCAAUCACUUUUCUUGCCACAGAAACUCAAACCGACUUAUAAUAUUUUAAGCAAAAAACAAGCACAUAUAUACAUUAAAGCCAGCAUCAAAAAACAAACUCCAGUCUACGCUAAAACAUCCCACCCAUGCAGGAAGGCCUGAUGAAAGAGGAAUGCCUUGGCCUGGCACUUAAAGAUUUGUAAUGAUGGCGCCAGGCAAGCCUCCCCAGGGAGAGCAUUCUGCAAGGAGGGAGCAACCACUGAAAAGACCCCGUUCUUGUCUUGCCACACGGAGCAGGGCCUCAGGUGAUGAGCACAGGCUCUGGGCUGGUUUGCAUGAGCUGAGCUGGUCCUUGAGGUACUGGGGUACUGAACCAUAUAAACAAAGGCAGGGGGGUCACACCUCAUGCUCCACCCACUUUCCCCUCUGGCCACACCUACCGCUGGCAGGCGAGAUUCCAAGUGAGCUGAAUUGACCAGGCAGUGGCACUCUGGUCUGAUUUAUGGCGGAAUCGCAAGAAAACAUGUUAGAGGGGCCACAGGCUUGGCAGCGACUAGAUGGGAGAUUGGCUGGCAAGCCUAGUGGUGAAGCCUAGUGGCUUAUGCCUGAAUGGUGGUUCGGGUUGUGUGUCCCCUCCAGGCCAGACUGCACUGCACAUUGCGAUUGAGCGGCGCUGCAAGCACUACGUGGAGCUGCUGGUGGAGAAGGGGGCAGACGUCCACGCACAAGCCCGGGGGCGCUUCUUCCAACCCAAGGAUGAGGGCGGCUACUUCUACUUCGGUGAGCGGGACAGGGAAGCCUCGAGAUCCCUCCGUGGGGUCUGUCCUGAUUCUCUGCCAGUAGCCGCUGCUGCUGCCGCCUCAUGAAUGUUGUUCUUUUUUCAAAAGCGUAUAAAAGAGGAGCUUGCAAUCUGAUUCUUUUUCCAGCAGAGAACACAACAGAGGAGGAGAGAAAGGCAUGGCAGAAUGAGGAGAACAAACCACACCUACAGAUGUUGUAGGUUUGGUUAACUGGAGAUGGAGGUGCAUUUGGGUGCCUGGAGACAGGAGAUCUGGAGGCAGACAGGGGCACUGAGGAGGACAAGUUUUGCCAUGGGCACAUUUGGAUUUUUUGUUUUUUUAAAAAAAUGAUAUUUAUUAAAGUUUCAAAGAAAAGAUUAUAUAGAUAAAAAGAAAAGAAAAAGAAAAAGAAAUCAAAAAGAAAAAAUACAAAAUACAGAAAAAAGAUAGAAAAAAACACUUAAAAAAAAACACAUCGAUCUUUCCAGAACUUACAUUUCAUUACCUUACUUCCCUGACUUCCUCACACCUCCCUUUUUUGUAUUCCCGUUCUAUUUAGUUAAUUCAGCAAUUCCUUUCCCUCUUUGUUUUUGUCUUAAUCCUUUAACUUAAUAUAUUAUAACUUUGAAUUCUCAUCUGUUAACAAUCCAUUUUUACAUACACCUUUAUAACAUUGCUGCUAAGACCACUUAAUUUCAUUCUGACAUCAUUCUAAAUUAAUUUUGUAGUAUUUCUGUAAAUAAUCUUUAAAUUUCUUCCAAUCUUCUUCCACCGACUCUUCUCCCUGGUCUCGGAUUCUGCCAGUCAUUUCCGCCAGUUCCAUAUAGUCCAUCACCAUCAUCUGCCAUUCUUCCAGAGUGGGUAAAUCUUGUGUCUUCCAAUACUUUGCAAUAAGUAUUCUUGCUGCUGUUGUGGCAUACAUAAAGAAAAUUCUGUCCUUCUUUGGCACCAAUUGGCCGACCAUGCCCAGGAGAAAGGCCUCUGGUUUCUUCAAGAAGGUAUAUUUAUAUACCUUUUCAUUUCAUUAUAGAUCAUCUCCCAGAAAGCCUUAAUCCUUGGGCAAGUCCACCAAAGGUGAAAGAAUGUACCUUCAGUCUCUUUACAUUUCCAACAUUUAUUAUCGGGCAAAUGAUAGAUUUUUGCAAGCUUAACUGGUGUCAUGUACCACCUGUAUAUCAUUUUCAUAAUAUUCUCUCUUAAGGCAUUACAUGCCGUAAACUUCAUACCUGUGGUCCAUAACUGUUCCCAGUCAGCAAACAUAAUAUUAUGUCCAACGUCUUGUGCCCACUUAAUCAUAGCAGAUUUCACCGUUUCAUCCUGAGUAUUCCAUUUCAACAGCAAGUUAUACAUCUUUGAUAAAAUCUUAGUUUUGGGUUCUAACAGUUCUGUUUCUAAUUUUGAUUUUUCCACCUGGAAGCCAAUUUUCUUGUCCAAAUUGUAUGCCUCCAUUAUCUGAUAAUAAUGAAGCCAAUCUCGCACUUUGUUUUGUAGUUUCUCAAAACUCUGCAGUUUCAAUCUAUCUCCCUCUUGUUCCAAAAUUUCCCAAUAUUUCGGCCAUUUGGCCUCCAUAUUGAGCUUUUUCUGAGCUUUCGCUUCCAUCGGUGACAGCCACCUUGGGGUUUUAUUUUCCAGUAGGUCUUUAUAUCUUAUCCAGACAUUAAACAAUGCUUUCCUGACAAUAUGAUUUUUAAAUGCUUUAUGUGCUUUGACCUUAUCAUACCACAAAUAUGCAUGCCAUCCAAAUACAUUAUUAAAACCUUCUAAGUCCAAAAUGUCUGUGUUUUCAAGAAGCAGCCAUUCUUUCAGCCAGCAAAAAGCUGCUGAUUCAUAAUAAAGUUUAAGGUCUGGCAGGGCAAAUCCACCUCUUUCCUUUGCAUCCGUUAGUAUUUUAAAUUUUAUUCUAGGCUUCUUGCCCUGCCAGACAAAUCUAGAGAUAUCUCUCUGCCACUUCUUGAAGCAAUCCAUUUUGUCCAAAAUUUGCAAUGUUUGAAAGAGAAAUAACAUUCUAGGCAAUACAUUCAUUUUUAUCGCAGCAAUACGGCCUAGCAGUGAAAGCUUCAAAUUUGACCAAAUUUCUAAGUCUUUUUUCACUUCAGCCCAGCAUUUUUCAUAAUUGUCUUUAAAUAGAUUCCCAUUUUUAGCUGUCAUGUUAAUCCCCAGGUAUUUCACUUUCUUAACCACUGUUAGACCUGUCUCAUUCUGAAACCUCUCUCUCUUAAUCGCAGUUAAGUUUUUCUCUAAGACCUUUGUUUUUAACUUAUUCAAUUUAAAUCCUGCAACCUGACCAAAUUCUUGAAUCAGUUCCAAAACCCUUUUAGUACUAGAUUCUGGCUCCUGUAAUGUCAAUACUAAGUCAUCUGCAAAUGCUCUCAAUUUGUACUGUUUAGCUCCGACUUGUAUACCUUUAACCAAUUGGUCCCUUCUAAUCAUAUUCAGCAGGACCUCCAGGACCGAUAUAAAAAGCAAUGGGGAGAUUGGGCAACCUUGUCGUGUCCCUUUUUCUAUCUUAAAUUCCUCCGUCACCACGUUAUUUACAAUUAAUUUAGCCUUUUGUUCUGAAUAAAUUACACUUAUACUGUUUUCAAAGCCUUGGCCUACCCCCAUCCCCUGUAGGUUCUUCUUCAUGAAACUCCAAGAAAUAUUGUCAAAGGCUUUCUCCGCGUCCACAAAUAUCAGAACUGCCUUGAUAUUUAUAUUCACUUGUAAUUUUUCUAAAAUGUUGAUUAUAUUUCUCACAUUAUCAGGCACAUUUGGAUUUUAAGCAAGUGCCAUUGGAUCCGUCAACUAGGGAACUCCCUGCCAGCGGAGUCGGUGACGGCCACCAACUUGGAUGGCUGUGAAAGGGGAUUAGACACAUUCUUGGAGGAGGCGAUGGCUCUUGAUGGCUCCUAGACCCAGUGGCUCUGCUCUGCCUCCACAGCUGGAGCCAGCGCCAGCGCCAGCCAUGCUUCUCCAUAGCAGUGGGCAGGGGGCUCUUGUCCUUGGGUCCAGAAGAGGCAUCUGGUCGGCCACUGUGAGGACAAGUGCUGGCCCAGAUGAGCCUCCUUUGGCUGGUCCAGCAGACUCUGCUGAUGCUCUUGUGUUUAGGAGUGGGAAGAUCACCCUCUCACCACCAAGGGAGCAAAGGGAAUGAUUUCAGAAGAUUUGUGGGUGUCAGGGAAAGACCUCAAGUGCGCCCUUGUAAGCAUUCAAGGAGGGGGUGCAUUCAGUGAGUGAGAAUUUUAAGAAACAGGCAUCCCCCCCCCAUAAAAGUCAGUUGGCUCUUGCAAGAGUGGCGGAGCCUCUGUGCAUUGCAACACCCAAAGGCCAGGGGUCCCUUUUCCACCCAGGCUUUGUGGAGACACAUCCAUCCAGCAGCCCUGGAAGCAGAGUGCUCUGUGACUGAUUUGGUUGUCUUUCUCUUUUCCAUAUAAAGGUAAAGGGACCCCUGACCAUUAGGUCCAGUCAUGACCGACUCUGGGCUUGCGGCGCUCAUCUCGCUUUAUUGGCCGAGGGAGCCGGUGAACAGCUUCCAGGUCAUGUGGCCAGCAUGACUAAGCCGUUUCUGGCGAACCAGAGCAGCACACGUAAACGCCAUUUACCUUCCCGCCAGAGCGGUACCUAUUUAUCUACUUGCACUAUGACGUGCUUUCUAACUGCUAGGUUGGCAGGAGCAGGGACCGAGCAAUGGGAGCUCACCCCGACGUGGGGAUUCGAACCGCCGACCUUCUGAUCGGCAAGUCCUAGGCUCUGUGGUUUAACCCACAGCGCCACCCGCGUCCAACCUCUUUUCCAUAGAAUCAUACAAUUAUAAGAAGGGGAAGGGGGACUUCCCAAUUAUAAGAGGUUGGAAGGGGGACCCUAAGGGUCGUCUAGCCCAAACCCUGCAGUGCGGGAGUCACUGCUAAAGAAUUGCUGACCAACAGUCACCCAACCUCUGUUAAAAAGCUUCCAAGGAAGGAGAGCCCACCCUUUCUGGGGGGGGUCUGUUCCACUGUGCAACAGUCUGACCACCAGAAAGUUAUUCCUAACGGCUUGUCGGAAUCUCCUUUCUUGUCAUUGGACUCUGUUGGCUCAGGGAGCUCUGGAGCUGCUCUGGAGCAGCAGAAAACCAGCUUGCUCCAUCUUCCGUCUUCCAUCUUCCCUCUUUCUUUCCGCCUUCCUGCCCAGGUGAGCUGCCCCUCUCCUUGGCGGCUUGCACCAACCAGCCGCACAUCGUCCACUACCUGACGGAGAACGCCCACAAGCAGGCCGACCUGCGGCGCCAGGACUCUCGUGGCAACACGGUGCUCCACGCCCUGGUGGCCAUCGCAGACAACACUCGUGAGAACACCAAGUUUGUCACCAAGAUGUAUGACCUGCUCCUCAUCAAAUGCGCCAAGCUCUUCCCAGACACCAACCUGGAGGCUCUGCUGAACAACGACGGUCUGUCGCCGCUGAUGAUGGCUGCCAAGACGGGCAAGAUUGGGGUGAGAUCCCUCCCCGGGGGGGGGGGGGAGCUGUUUGGAAAAAACCCAGCCCUGUUGGCCCAAGGCCCGGGGGCAAACCGGGUGCUCCAGGGCGAACAACCUCACAGGGUUGUUGUGAGGAUAGGAAUGUAAGAAGCGGCCGCUUUGGAACUGCCUGACUCUGGAUUCCAGCAGGCAUCUCACGCCACUCUUUUCAGCUCCUGACAAAAAUAUUUGUGUUUAGACAAGUCUCCUUGGAUAUGGGGAAUGUUGACAUCUGGUUUGUUUGUUUUUUAGCUUAUCACUGAUUUUAAUUACUUUUUGAAUAUUUAAAUCUGCUGUAUUUAAAUCCUUUUCCUGUUAAUUUUUUUGUUUCAUUCUUUUUGUAAACCACUUUGAGGGUUUGCUUUGACAGUCAUGGGGUAUAUAACUUUUAUGAAAUAAAUAAAUUAAAUUAAAAUAAUCAUGGGGGGAGCCAUGCCUAAAGUCCUGAGCGACUUAGAGGGUGUAGGGAGGAGUCAUGCUCCACAAGGGAGCAGGUGGGCUGCCCAGGCAGCAUCUCUAGGGAAGAGGAGCAUCUGAGCGGGCGGGUGACACAAAGGGGCCUCUUUCGGCCAGAGACCGUGGGGAGUCUCUGCCUUCCACCCCAGGCACCCUUCAAGCACAAUUCCCAUCAGCCCUAGCUGUCAUGUGACCGGGGGCAGGACUUGUUGUGUGGCUGCUCUUGUUCUCUAGAACAGCAUCCCUGUCGAGGCAGGACAGGCUCCCACUUUCUGGAAACAGCUGAAGACAUUUUUCUUCCAACUGGCUUUCCCAGCUGAUUGCCAUCCAUAGCUUUCUCUCCCAUGGAUUUUCCCACUCCCCUUCCAAAGCCACCGUGGUCUCCUGCAGAAGCGAGCUCCAGAGCUUAACUAUGCACUGCAUGGUGAAGGAGCCCUUUCUUUCACUGUCCUGAAUCUUCCGUUUCAGGCCCCAGAGGAUGUCCUGCAAUUGGGGUGCCUUUCCACGUUGGUGGACAUGGCUGCCUCCUGCAGAAGGGAGUUCCGCAGUUCAGCUCUGCGCUGCGAGGGGAGGGCCUUCCCGUCAUCUGCCUGACCCGGCUCCCCCCUUGUCUUGCAGACCUUCCAGCACAUCAUCCGGCGGGAGAUCAAGGACGAAGACGCUCGGCACCUCUCCCGCAAGUUCAAGGACUGGGCCUAUGGCCCUGUCUACUCCUCCCUCUACGACCUCUCCUCGCUGGACACGUGUGGGGAGGAGGUCUCCGUGCUGGAGAUCCUGGUGUACAACAGCAAGAUGGAGGUGGGCAGAGAAGGAAGCUGCAGAUCAAGGCAGCUUGGGUUGGCGGUGCUGGGCCUUUGAUGGGGCAAGCGGGGGCUGCUGCCAUCUUUAUUCACCGGGCCCCUCUCCCCGCAGAACCGCCACGAGAUGUUGGCCGUGGAGCCCAUCAACGAGCUGCUUCGGGACAAGUGGCGGAAGUUUGGGGCCGUUUCAUUCUACAUCAGCGUGGUCUCCUACCUCUGUGCCAUGAUCAUCUUCACCAUGGUGGCCUACUACCGCCCCCUGGAGGGCACUGUGAGUACUGCACCCACUCCACCAUGGAGCUCACGAAGGCUGCCGAGCUGGGCAGAGUGGCUGUGAUUUAAAUUAGGGUUCUGAGGUUUGGGGCGCAGCCUCCCAUUUUCAGUUCCCAUGAUGCCCUAGCAAAAAACUUCUGUGCUGUGCUGGGGCUGGUAAGAGAUUGGUAAACGUACGGAGAUUUGCUUUGAUCCUCUCAGGCAUUUGAACAUGUUAAAUAAUGAGGAACCCGUGACUUAUCAGCUUCCCUUAUUUAUACCCAGAACUUCAGUCUGGCAAUUCCGCAAGAAAAGUAGUGAUUGGGAGUGAAAAAGCCCUGCAUUUCAGGGGGAUGGACUAGGGGACCUUUGGGUUUCCUUCGAAGUCUACAAUUCCAUCAUUCUAUGAGUCUAUAAUCUCUAAAUGCUUCUUUAACUUGGAGCGGGGGAAGUAUUGGAGUUGAGUGAAAUGGAGGAAGCCCCUCAGGCUUAAGGGAGGCAAGCAACGGGCUCCUAAUUGGCCUUGCUAAUUAAACACCCUAGUUUAGUGCAGCAGCUCCAGCACAGAGAGACAUGGGUUCAAAGGGACGGGGAGGGUGUGUAUGUGUGUGACUUACCUCACAAGUUUGUAAGUUCCCUGGAGAGGGUCAAGCUCAGGAUAGAUAAAUAAAUCACCAAUGAGUAAACUCUCACUUAUAAAACAAGUCUGUAUUAGACAUUGUAUCUAUGGACAGGGAAAGAAUGGCACCUCCGGGUUCAAAGACAAUCCACCUCCAUUGAUUAGACACUUGGGAUUGAGAGUGAGGCAGGGGGAGCUGUUUCCAUCACAUGAGCAUCACAAAAGCCACCUUCCUAUCUCAAGGGCUGUCCCAGGGAAGAGGGAGGGAGAUCACUUUCUCCUGCUCUGGAGGGGGGGUGUGUGUGCUCAAACCAAUGGCUUCAAGUUACAAGAAAGGAGAUUCAGACUAAGCAUUAAGGAGGGUAAGAGCUGAUCAAGAGUGGAACAGACUCCCUUGGAAGGCGGAGGACUCUCCUUCCUUGGAGGUUUCUAAGCAAAGGUUGGGUGGCCAGAGAUUCUUUAGCUGAGAUUCCUGCAUUGCAGGGGGUUGGACUUGAUGACCCCAUGAGUCCCUUCCAUCACCUUAUGACCUUCCCAGAGGUGCUCUUUACCCAGCUGCUGUUGGGAAGGCAACAUGCUGAAGCUGGCCAUCCCGUUGGAGCGUGGCCAUUGCUGCGUGCUUAGCAGGUGUCUUUCGGCACAGCCUCUCAGCAAUGUCUCUUCCCCUCUGUAGCCCCCGUACCCGUACACCACCACCACCGACUAUCUGCGACUCGCCGGGGAGAUUGUCACACUCUUCACGGGCGUCCUCUUCUUCUUCACCAACGUAAGUAUGAGCCGUGCGUUACUUGGCAAAGGGGUCUCCUCCUCCUCCUUUCCCCCACCGUUGCCCCCUUCUUCCUCGCCAAUUUAGCAGAUGUGUUUUUCUUUUUCCCUUUUUGUGGGCUCCUCCUGCCAUUCUGUGGCCUGAUUACAGAGCUUGCAGGCCACAUUCUCAUCAUACUUUUAAAGUGCUUUGAUACUGCUUUAAGCAGUCAUGGCUUCUCCCAGAGAAUUCUGGGAGCUGUAGUUGCUGAGUGGUGAGCAAGUCCCUGUUCCCCCUCAAAGGCCUACAAUUCUCAGAGAUCCCUGGGAAGAAGGAUUGACAGUUAAGCCUCUGUGGAAAUGGUAGCUCUGUGGGGCGGGAAGUAGGGGUCCCUCUUUAGCCAUGACUGUUUGCAGGGCUGCCAGAGUGCUUUACUUUCAUGGUGUGCAUAAAAGGUAAAGGUAAAGGGACCCCUGACCAUUAGGUCCAGCUGUGACCGACUCUGGGGUUGCGGCGCUCAUCUCGCUUUAUUGGCUGAGGGAGCCGGCGUACAGCUUCUGGGUCAUGUGUCCAGCUCUGGCGAACCAGAGCAGCGCACGGAAACGCCGUUUACCUUCCCGCCGGAGCGGUACCUAUUUAUGUACUUGCACUUUGACGUGCUUUCUAACUGCUAGGUUGGCAGGAGCAGGGACCAAGCAAUGGGAGCUCACCCCGCCGCGGGAAUUCAAACCGACGACCUUCUGAUCGGCAAGUCCAGGGCUUGGUGGUGUAAUCCACAGUGCCACCUUGUCACGGUGUGCAUAGGAUUUAUCAAAUCACACUCAGUCUUGCGCACCAUGCAUGCUUGCACUGGGGCACCUGGCUGGCCCCUGCAAAGGGGCCUUGCUUGGAUCUGAGGAUGAUAAUGUAGCUUUGGUUCUUAACAAAGUUGCAGGACUGAAGGAACAAAGGUUACAUCCACACCAUGCGUUUAAAGCUCUGUGGUACUACUUUAAACAGUCCUGGUUUACCUGGCGCACCCUUUUUUUUUCUUAAGGAAAAACAAAGUUAACCUCUUUUGUCUCACUUUGGUGUGAUUUUAUUGAAUAUAUAAAAAGAAAAUUUGCAUUUGUCUCUUCCACAAAUCUGUCAAAAAAUCUGGAAUAAGUAACUUGCUUGGUUGAUACAUUUCUUGAUGUGAUAGAGAGCCUUUUAUUCUUUCAGUCCUACGUUCAUGUUUCUGUGUCUCUGGCGUCUCCUGUGGGCCACGUUGCUUGAGCUCUCAUUUCUUAGGAUGUUUCUUUCCACUUACCUGUCUGUAUCUCAUCGCAAACAUCCAGAUAACCAGCUUUAUCUUUUCUUCUUGUGAAUAUAACAUCCCCUGCCAACCUUGGUUUGGGCUGGUUUAAUUUAUAUGCUUUUGACUCAUGAAGUUCCAAUUUGGUUUUUGGGUUAUAUGGUAAAAGUCAACAAAGACACUCUGCCCCCCCCCCCAGCCACCCAUUCAUGGCUUCCCCCAAAGAAUUCUGGGAGCUGUAGUCUGUUAAGGGUGCUGAGAGUUGUGUGGAGACCCCAGUUCCUUUCCUAGAGCUACAAUUCCCAGAGUUCCCUGGGAAGAGAGUUGGGUGGCUAAGCUCAGAUGGGUGGAAGUUGCUGUGCAAAAUGUCCAGAGGGCAAUCAGGUGGACGAAGGCUGGACUAAAAAUGCCAAGUUCCUUGAGUAGCUUCUGCCUCUUCUCCAUUGUGGACAUUUUGUCUUCUCUUCCUCCCCAGAUAAAAGACCUCUUCAUGAAGAAGUGCCCCGGGGUGAAUUCUUUCUUCAUUGAUGGCUCCUUUCAGUUACUCUAGUAAGUAAAAGAAGGAAACCAGAGUGCAGCAGAAUCAAAUUUGCGGCCUGUGUGUGGCCCCCGACAGGUCAACCAGGGGCAAAUGUGGCCCUCAGGCCAAAAGGCUAGCCACCCCUGCAUUUAAGAGUGUGGGGGCCCCUUUGCCACACAUUCCAGGGCAUCUGCUGGGGUGCUUUCUGGCUCCCCCCUCAAUUCAUUUGGGGGAGGGAGCCAGAAAAGACGUCCAAUGCACAUUUAAAGCACAUGACUUUCCCCAAAGACUCCUGGGGGUGGUGGUUUGCUAAGGGGACUGGCAGAUUGCAGCUCUGCCAGGGGUUAAACAACUGUUCCCACAAUUCUUGCAUGGGAGGGGUAGCAUGUGCUUUAAAUGCACAUUAGAUGUGCUUGAAAACUAAGGUGUGAAUCUGCCCAUAGAUUUUGGAAGCCCUUCUGGGUGAGGCUACCUGGUGGUUGCAGUGUUGCCCCGCUGCUCCCCACCUGUCCACCCCUGACUGGGCUUUGAUGCUUCUUGCCUCCAGCUUCAUCUACUCGGUCCUGGUGUUAGUGGCAGCUGCCCUGUACCUGGCAGGCAUCGAAGCCUACCUGGCUGUCAUGGUCUUUGCCCUGGUCUUGGGCUGGAUGAAUGCCCUCUACUUCACCCGCGGCCUCAAGCUGACUGGCACAUACAGCAUCAUGAUCCAGAAGGUGAGCCAAAGCAGAGCGCAGUGUCCGGGGCCUGUGAGGACCUUGGGCUGGAGGAGGUCUGGCCGGUCAUUUGAAGGUGGGUGAAAAGCUGAAGGGACUGUGGGAUGCCUGAGGGUUUUGACCAGCAAGGCUGCAUUCAUGUGUGCUUAUCCUUGCAAAACCAACUUCUCAUGGUUUCUUAGAAACAAGGUUGUGCUAACUUUGUCAUCCCUCUAAAAGCUUCAGCAGAGCACCCUGUCAAUCUGCUCAGAAGAGUGUGUGGCUGAUGGGGUCUUCUCUGGGGCAACCGUCUUGCCUUAGUAAACAGAGUCUCAAACAAACUUUAUCCUAAGGGCUCUGUGAAGCCUUGGUCCCCCCCCCCCCCCACUCUGGGCAGUGCUGAACUCUGCAGCGCAGGGGCUGGCAUGAUCCUCAGAACCUGAAGCUCCCCCAGCGUUGCUGGAGAACAAGAGUGGAGCGCCCCCCACCCUGCGCUUGCUUGACAGGGGGGACCAAAGAAACCUCUGUACAUGCCCUGUGUUCAGAUAUACAGCUGCUGAUUCCUGGAGGUUAAGGACUUGAGGGUCGCUCCCUGGUUCGACUGAUGGUGUCAAGCAGCUGUUUUGGUCCCCAAGUUGUGGAACACUUGUGGAAUGUGGGGUGUUGCCACCACCCCUCCAAUCGUUCAAGAUUCGCUCUGGUUCCUUGCUGCAAACGUUCCUUCAGAUCAGAAGCGGGAACCCUUUUUAGCCCAGGGGCCACUUUCCCUUCUGGACAGCCUCCCAAGGGCCGCUUAGCAGUGAUGGGUGGGGCUGGAGGCGGAAGUGGGGAGAGCAACAAAUGCAAUUUUUAUCUUCCGUUUCUACACAUGCUCCCAUGCCCCCCUCCCUCCUGGCAAGCAAGGGGCUUGACCAGAGGUCAAAGACACAUUCCAGGCAGGCAUUUGGGGCCAGUGAAAGGUGUGCCCUGGGGAGGGUUCUGAGGGCCAGACAGAGCAGCACAGAGGGCCAGAUUUUGGCCCCCCAGGGCCUGCCAACAUCUCUGGCCAUAGCCAAGAGGCAGUUUCCAGGUGUGCUUUACUGCCUAUGCAACAGGUGAGCACAUCCCAGUCAGGAAGGAACACAGGGGUGUGAAUCAGGGCCGAAGGGAGCGGCACUGAAGGACACAUUUGUCCUUGAAUUUCCUCACUCUGGCUUCAGACUGUUAGAUGGCUAAUGUGGGGCUCACCCCAGAAGCAGCUGCCUUGAGCCUUUGCCUGCAAACGUUCAGCCUGGUAUGUUGAGUGGCUGCCUUCCCUCUCUGGUUGCAGAUCCUGUUCAAGGACCUUUUCCGCUUCCUGCUGGUCUAUGUGCUUUUCAUGAUUGGCUACGCGUCUGGUAAGAUGGCUGCCCUUUUCGGAGUGCUGGUUUCUGGGCUCCUUGGUUUUCCUAGAUUUGAAAAUCUGUGUCCUGCUGCUCAGCUGAGCAAGCUCCUCACAUACCUGCAAAGUUUGAAACGGGCAUCGCCAAGGCUUUUCUUGGGCAGCAACAUUCCUUGACACAAAUAGUGUUGGAUUUUGAGGUUUUCAAAAACAGCCUCCAAGGUGUAAAAGAUGCUGACUCUGACAAGCUGCUCUAGGGCGCUUCCAAAUGUUUAUUAGUGAGACUUGGACAUCAAGCAAUAAAUUAGCACACAAAUUAAAACAAAUCAAUUACAAUUUGGAAACCACAAAACUCAAAACAGCAAAUCUAACAAGUCUGGUUAGCAGCAAAACAGAAAGAACAUUUCAGUCACCCAACCACAUUCCUGAACAGCCAAGUUGCGACUGCUUUUCCUGAAUGAACUUACUCACCCAGGCAGAUGCUGGUUUGUUUUAAAAAUAUUUAUUUAUUGAAUAGUUAUGAAAUACAAAUUAAAAAUGAAAUGAAAUGAGACAGAUGCAAAGGGUGAGUUACUGAUGUUGGAGUUUUGAAGCAGUUAUAACAACCUUAUAACUUCCUUCCUCUGUAUUUUAUGGAGUUUUGAAAUGGAGAGAUAACUCAGAAUGUCCAUUGUCUUGUCCAGUGGUUCCCAAAGAGGGGUCUCCUGCCCACUGGGGGGCCGUGGGAUUUCCUAGGGGUGCUAAGAUGUCAGUCGUGGAGUAUCCUCCCCUCCCCCAGCAGCCUCAGAGGCAAGAAGAACACACAGUUCGUAUUUUAUGGUUUUUUAUUCAGUCAUCUGGUUGCAAGACAGAGGAUCCAUGUCUCCACGCAUAGGAGACGUUGGCUUCUCUGAGUCCCUCUUCUUCUGUCUCCCACAACAUCCUGGAAACCUACGGGAAGUCGCAGGAGUCACAUUCCCGCAUUUUCUGUUCUUGAAUGCAGAGGGACUGGCGAGCCCUUGGACCAGGAGGGGCUCCCAGACUCUCCAGGGAGGUCUCUGCUGUCUGCUCUCUAACCCCCCCCAUCUUGUAACUAGGGAUUUUCUCAUUCAUCUGUACAUCAACCUGUCUCCCUCUCCUCCUGAAACUGCUGGAGACACAGGGUCGAAACGCCCCACUCCUCCUCCUCCUCUUCUGAGAGGAGCCGAUCAGACGAGGCCUCACUUCCCAUUCCUCCUGUUCAGUCCAGUCCCUGACAUAAGAGGCACGCAGGCAGCAGGGGGCGCUGGAGGCGUAAGCUGCCAUCACUGUAGCAAGUCCAUCAAUUUAUUGACGUAAUUAAACAAAAUAGUUUUUAAUGGAUUUUGAAUAAAGGCGCAACUAAUUGUUGUGGUUUGGGGUUUUAUUUUGUUAAUACCUUCCUUGGAGGGUCGUGCAACCCGCUAUACUGAAUAAUGCUUUCUAUAUGGUAAGGUAGGGGUGCUGGGGACAAGUUUAUGGAAUUAAGGGGAGAGCCACUGGGAUAGAGUAUAUCGGGGUGGGGGGCAGACUUAGCCUUUACAAUUGUAUAGUAAACAAACACUCUCCAUAUUUUCCCAAAUGAGUCCUUUUUCUUCUGCACUCUGGUCACCCUCAGGAUUGUGUUGCAUUGCCACAUUUUGGUCGAUAUUUAAAAUCAUUUGGAGAAGCAUUUUUAAAAAUGGUCCUGUUCAAAAGAAGUGGGAUGACCUAGUGUUGCUAUUUUCUGCCCACCUAAAGCUGAGAUUUGAAUUUUGCGUGCUCAAUAGAGUGAAUUUUCAUGCUCAAAUUGGUUGAAUUUUUUCUGGCGCUCAGUCGGCAGGCAGGUUUAAUUCCUAUAGAUAAACAUUUGGAGUUUAAUGACAGGCUUGGUAUUUUUAAACCUUGUUUCUCCCCCCUCCCAGCUUCUAAAUCCAACAAUAUUUAAAACUAGAAGCACUGCUGUAAAAAAAUAUUCAAAGAAGGGACAACACCACUUUGGGUGCCUUCAGACAUUGUGAAUAUUGUGCAAAUUUUCCUGAGGUUAGAACUCCUGCCCUGUUUUCUGAUUAGCCUUCUGCACGGCAUGCCUGUUGCUGUGAACUAUGGCUUUGUGACCAAUAUGUGCUAAAUUUCAUUCAUGCUGGGGGGGGGGGGAGGCCCGACAAUCGGCGCCAUUUUGGUUUUUUGCUGGAAUCAAAUAACACAUUAGUUUUCUGGCAGUGGCUUUUACAUCAUGUGAAUGCCCAAAUCUGAGGCAGAAAUUGAGCAGUUAGGAAAACUUCAGGAAAAUGGGAGGUGGUGUGGCGCAGUGGUUAGAGUGUUGGGAUCGGACCUGGGAGACCAGAGUUCGAAUCCCCACUUGGCCAUGAAGCUCACUGGGUGACUCUCAUCCUCACCUACCUCACAGGAUUGUUGAGGGAGUUAAAGGAGGAGGAGACCCGUGCACCUUGAGCUCCUUGGAGAAAAAAAGGUGGAAUAUAAAUUCAGUGAUGAAAUGACAAUAAGAAUAAAAUGGACUAAACUGUCCUAUGAAUGCAGCUUUUGAAGUGUGACUGUAUUUGGGACUGUUUAGCCUUGACACCACGUUCUCAUCCAGAGGAAGGCGACGUGGUGCCCUCCGGAUCAUUUAGACUCCAGCUCCCAUCAGCCCCAGCCAGCCAAAUGGCCAGGGCUCAGUGUGCAGCACCCAGAGGGCCCCUGGAUGGUAACUCCUGGCCUGGCCGCUCUCCCAGGGAGACUCCCUUGGCUAGUGCAAGUGCUCAGUGCCUCCUUGGCUUUCCUGCAGCGCUGGUCUCCCUGCUGAACCCCUGCCCCAGCAGCGAGGCCUGCAACGAGGAGCGCUCCAACUGCACAGCCCCUGCCUACCCUUCCUGCCGGGACAGCAAGACCUUCAGCAAUUUCCUCCUGGACCUCUUCAAGCUGACCAUCGGAAUGGGGGACCUGGAGAUGAUUGAGAACGCCAAGUACCCUGGGGUCUUUGUCAUCCUCCUUGUCACCUACAUCAUCCUCACCUUCGUCCUUUUGCUGAACAUGCUGAUCGCCCUCAUGGGGGAGACCGUGGGGCAGGUGUCCAAGGAGAGCAAGCAGAUCUGGAAGCUGCAGGUAGGCGAGUUGCGCGGUGGGCUUGCAAAGGGCCCAGAACACACCUUGAUGCUCUGGAACCGCCCCUGUGCUCGUGAAUGCAAUGCAAUUUAACUGUCUUGAACUGUUCUGAAUUCUAAGCUGCUGUAACCCACCCUGGAAUCUGCUAGUGAAGGGCAGGUAACAAAUGUAAUAAAUGAUAAUAAUAGGUUGAAGUUUCAUAGCACGGGAAUGGGACGCUUGCAUCUCUUCCAGUGCUUCUAGACUUGAACUCCCGUCCUGCUUGAUUGGGGCAGAGAGGACUCCCGCAAGAGGGUCGCCGGUUCCCCAUUCAGAUCUAAAUUAAAGCCUGGACAAAACCCAGUUGUAAGGGAGUGGCUUAGUAAAAGGCAGUGCACUGUCAAAACAAUACAAGAAAUCACAGGUUUGCAAUGCGGGAUUCCUUUAUCAUUUCUUGGAAAAAAUUAGUAUGAUUUGAGAAAUUUAGAGCUUUAUAGUGUAGGCAAAAGUUGUAGAAGACAUUAUGGUGGGGAUUUGUUGCUGAUGUUUGUUUUUUGCUGUUUUCAUGAAUAGUAUGAAAUUGAGUUUGAAUAAGGUUGAUUCCAACAAAUGGACUUUCUCGUGUGGUUUGGCUUCAUGCUAAGAUGACCUCAGCAUUGGUAGCAUCCAAAAAGGCUGCAGAGGCAAUAGAUCACUUCCGACAACAUAGUUUUGACUUGCUGUAAUUCAAAUACUCAAAAAAAUAAUUAAACAAGUUCUUUGCAUCAAGUGGGUUGCCUGAAUUGCCCUUGGAUUAGCCUGAGGGUGUCAUCCUGACAUCUGGAUCAGUAGAGCCACUGAAACCCGGUCAGGAGUGGACUCUCAUACUUCUCCUGACUUCUCUGCUUGCAGUGGGCGACCACCAUUCUGGAUAUUGAAAGGUUCUUCCCCGUGUUUGUCAGGAAAGCCUUCCGCUCAGGAGAGAUGGUCACCGUUGGGAAGUCCUUGGAUGGGACGCCGGACCGGAGGUGGUGUUUCAGGUAAGGGCGAGAGUCCCCAUGGGAGAGGGAGACGUUGACUAAAUGCUUUCCAUUUCUGGAUUAGGCCCUUGAGCCAGAGUUGUCUGUUGGAAAUUCUGCGCCAGUCUGGGUGACAAACCAAAUUUUGCCCCAAGGAAAACCUCCCCCCACCUGGGGUGUCAGCAGGCAUUGCCCGUGCCCUCCCAACCACCCAUGAGGACUAGGCACUUGAGAUACUCAGGGAACUGCAUCCUGGAUUAGGGUUACAUUUUCUGCACUCCUACAGGCCCACAGGUGCACCUAGUGCUAUUUUUCUAGAAAAAGAGGCACCAGAACUUGCCACGAACGCCUCCCUUGUUCUCUUAGAAUGGCAAUGGUGCCCCCUUGAGAGGUGCCAGAACUGAGUUCUGGUCAGUUCCGGCUGAAAAAAGCCUCGGGUGCACCCAUUCUGACACACACAGCCUUCCUUUUUGCCUCAGCAAAUGCUGCGGGUUCUGGACGCUUUGCAGAAAGCCAUACAUCAGCAGAGAGAGAUCUUUCCAACAUUUAGAAGGUGCUCUCCAAAAUGGAAUCUUUUUUCUUUUUUGUAUUCUGCCCUAUAAUUUUAAGACCAGGGCAGGCAAUGCCUGUUUUAAAUUAGACAGCGCUCCCAAACAGUUGAGCAGGGAGUCCUAGUCCAGCACUCUAACCACUCUAUAGCACUGUCCAGGUCUGCUAAACCAGGUCUGCUAAACAUUUCAGACCGCCCAGGAUGACCUCUCUCUCUCCGCUCCCCCUGCCAAUACCUCAAAUGCCACAAUGCUUCCUUCCUAGAGUGGACGAGGUGAACUGGUCUCACUGGAACCAGAACUUGGGCAUCAUCAAUGAGGACCCCGGCAAGAGCGACACCUACCAGUACUAUGGCUUUUCCCACACAGUGGGCCGCCUCCGCAGAGGUAGGUGCUGCUGAUUGCAGGGGGGGGGCUGGAGGGGUCACGGGUUGGGGGCAUUCUGGAAGCAGGCGCUGUCAGCUUGCUCACAGGAGAGUGGGGUGCUUCUAGAGUCUGGACGGAGGAACCUGCUCCCGCAAGAGGCAGCAAUGCCCCCCCCCACUUGGAUGGCUUCAAAAGAGGACAGGACAAAUUCAUGGAAGAGGAUGAGGCUUCCAGCGGCUGCGCUGACUCUGCAGUUGGAGGCAGGAAGGAUUCCCGAUGCCAGUUGCUGGAGAUGAGGGUUAAAGAGGCUCUGGCAGCUGGAUGGGGGAUGUGAUCCACUGCUUUGCCAUCCUGGAGCCCUGUAGCAGAUCUGGGUGGUUGGGAGUUGUAGUUCUAAAUACCUGGAAGGCACCAGGUUGGUAGAAACAGCGAAAGUGUUGCUGGGGGGAUGAAGAAGUCCAGAGGCAGCUGUCCUGCCCCAAAUCAGAGGCACUUGGUGCUGGAGGCUGUGCAGAACCCAGGGAGGGGGCUGGGCAGGCUUCCUUUCUCUGCCCAAGUGGAACGGUGGAGGCCAAGCCUCCUUUGUGGGGAACGGCUGAGGGAUUUGGGAAGGUUUUGCCUGGAAAAGAGGAGAUUGAAAGAAGGACAGGAUAGGAUAGCUGCCUUCAAUCAUCUGAAGAGCCGUCACCUAGAAGAUGGAGCCUACUUGUCUUCUCCUGCUCCAGAGGGUGGGAUCCAAACCAAUGCGCUCAAAUGGCAAAGUGGGAGAUCCCAACGAAACAUUAGGGAGAACUUUCUGACAGUGAGAGCUGUUGGACAGUGGAAUGGACAACCUCGGACUCUCCUUCCCUGGAGGUGUUUAAGCAGAGAUUGGAUGGCCACCUGUCAUGUAUGAUCUAGUUGAGAUUCCUGCAUUGAGAGGAUUGGACUAACCCUACAGUGUUAUGAUUCUGUGAUUCUUUUUCUCUCCCUGUAGAUCGGUGGUCCACCGUGGUGCCGCGGGUGGUGGAGCUGAACAAGAACUCGCAGCCAGAUGAGGUGGUGGUUCCCCUGGACAGCAUGCGCUCCCCUGCGGCAAAUGAGCACAAGCCCAGCUACCCCCAGAGCUGGAGAAAGGAGGACUCCCACAUCUAAUGGAUGCACAAGGAGCAGGGGCAGAGGGAGCUGGUCUCAAGAAGCUGCCCAGCCUCUUUGCCACUGCAAGCGCUUGGCGGGCACAGCACCGCUUGGACCCCGUGUGGAGGGAGUUUCCUCUUGCUCCUGCACCUUCACGCGAGGGUCCCGCUUGUAGUCUGCAGAAUGUGGCCCACCUGCCUCCUCCAGAGCAGCGUGCAGGGGGAGGAGCCUUCCCCAGGUUAUCAACUUGAGGUGGACAGCAGAGGCACAUCUUUAUGGGUUUGCUUUUGAACACAAAAAACAGAGUUGUCACAAUACCAAAUUAUGCGCCAGUGGGUGGAAGCUGCAGAGGCUGGUGACUGGGAACAUCAUCCUGUGCGGUCAGACUACGAGCUCCAUGGCACUGACGUUACAGGAGGCUGGGUGGCGACAGUGACUCUUGCGGGGGCUGCCUGAAGUGGCCAGUGACUCCUGGAGUGGCUCUUUGCGUCCAAGCGGGCUCUAAAUUCAGGGUUAACUUCUGUGAUGCUGAGCCGGGGCAAAUGGCCCAAGGGCUGCUGCAUUUCUUACUCCAAAUAGUUUUAUUUUGCACAAGGUUUUAUCUGAUUAUUUAUUUAGUAAUAAAAGCCAAAGUAUGUCAGCUGCCCCUCCUUGUCUUGCCUGGUGGAGAGAGUGGGGUGCAAGCGUGCAACAGGCAGGGAGUCUGCCGGGUCACUGUGAGCAAGUCACACGGCUGCAUCUCACCCCAUGUUGGGCCCCUCAGCCCCUUCCCAAGGAGGCCUCUUUCUCCCUCUCAGCUGCUCAGUUUGCACAGAAAACCCAAAGUUUCUUUGUGCCAUUUUUUAUCCAGAGACACUGUUCUUCCAAAUAGAUCUGUUUAGUCUGCCCCCCCACAACAGCUGCUGAGUUUGUGAGCAGCACAAUCAUGUGGUCCUAUGCUUAGAAAUAGUGCAGGGGUUGUGUGUGCCAGGGAUGGGGAGCCUGCGGCCCUCCAGAUGUUGUUGGACUCCCAACUCCAAUGGUCAGGGAUGGUGGACGUUGCAGUCCAUCAACAUCAGGAGGCCUACAGGCUUCCUCGUCCGCAUUCUGGACUUUGGGACCCUGCCUGGUAAAAAGCCUCUGCUAAAACAAUGCAGUUCUGAGGUGGUUGAAUCUAGCAAGACCUGCACCACCCUGGUCCAGCUGAUGGGGUGGUGGGGCUCAGCUGCCUGCUGCCAUUCCCAGAAUCAGAAUACUAGAAUCAGAGAAUGGUGGCGUUAGAAGGGCCCCAGGGGUCAUCUAGUCCAACUCCCUGCAAUACAGGACAUCACAGCUAAAGAAUCCCUGACAGACGGCCAUCAAACAUCUGCUUAAAAACCUCCAAGGAAGGAGAGUCCUCCACCUUCCCAGGGAGUCUGUUCCACUCUUGAACAGCUCUUACUCUCCUUAAUGCUUAGUCAGAAUCUCCUUUCUUGUAAGUGGAUUCCAUUGGUUUGGAUCCUCCCCUCCAGAGCAGGGGAAAACAAGCUUGCACCCCCUUCCAUGUGGCAGCUAUGCAGAUGGUUGAAGGUGGCCCCCUUCUCCAGGCUGAACAUGCCCAACUCCCUCAACCGUUGGCAAAAUUAUUUGGCGAAACUGUAGUUUUAGUUUUGUCACAGGAUUUGCAGGCGGAGGUGCCUCUCCUAGUUCAGCCUGCAUAGCAGCUUUAGUUAAAGGGCAACAAAUGGGCAGGAAAAAAUAACCCCACAUCCAAGUGGGAGGGGGCAGUCUGGCAUCCAUGGUGUACAGUGAAGUUUUAAAAUCACAUCUAGGGCAGAAGAAGACAUUACCCUUAGCAGCUCACAGCAAAGCCUCUGCAUUGCUAUGGAGGGGGGGG